AUGUGGUGCCUCUACUACACAUGGAACUGUCUCAAAGUAAACAAACCAAAUCACUAUACCAACCCCACACCUCCUUGUAAUCAUCAAAGCUCCUUGUAGUCUUGAUUCAUUUGGAUGGGACAGACAGUUAAUGCCCUUUUGCCUUCAUGUUUUGAUUUUCCUGCUAUCAUGGUUAAUCAUUGUGAGAUUGUCCCAGACCAGCAUGUUUAUUUGGCCCUCCCUGGCCAUAUCGUGAGUAAGAAAAAGGCUGUGUCUGAAAUGGCAUCCCUAAUCCCAACAUACAGUGCCUUCACAAAGUAUUCACACCCCUUGACUUUUUCCACAUUUUGUUGUGUUACAGCCUGAAUUUAAAAUGGAUUAAAUUGAGAUUUUGUGUCACUUAUCUACACACAAUACCCCAUAAUGUCAAAGUGGAAUUAUGUUUUUAGAAAUGUUUACAAAUUAAUUAGAAAUGAAAAGCUGAAAUGUAUUGAGUCUACUGUAAGUCUUCAACCCAUUUCUUAUGGCAAGCCUAAAUAUGUUCAGGAGUAAUAAUUUGCUUAACAAGUCACAUAAUAAGUUGCAUGGACUCACUCUAUGGGCAACAAUAGUGUUUACAAUUAUUUUUUAAAUGACUACCUCAUCUCUGUACCCCACACAUACAAUUAUCUUUAAGGUCCCUCAGUUGAGCAGUGCAUUUCAAACACAGAUUCAACCACAAAUAUAAUGGAGUGUUUCCAAUGCAUCGCAAAGAAGGGCACCUAUUGGUAGAUGGGUAAAAAAUGUAUAAAGCAUAUACCUUGAAUAUCCCUUUGAGCAUGGUGAAGUUAUUAAUUACACUUUGGAUGGUGUAUCAAUACACCCAGUCUCUACAAAGAUACAGUUGUCCUUCCUGGCGGCAGGUAGUUUAGUGGUUAAGAGCAUUGUGCCAGUAACCGAAAGGUCGCUGGUUCUAAUCCCUGAGCCAACUAGGUGAAAAAUCUGUCGAUGUGCCCUUGAGUAAGGCACUUAACCCUAAUUGCUCCUGUAAGUCGCUCUGGAUAAGAGCGUCUGCUAAAUGACUAAAAUGUAAAAUAUAAUCAGUCAUGGACUUUAAAACAGAGUUUAAUGGCUGUGAUAGGAGAAAACUGAGGAUGGAUCAACAACAUUGUAGUUACUCCACAAUACUAAUCUAAUUGACAGAGAAAAAAGAAGGAAGCCUGUACAUAAUAAAAAUAUUCAAAACAUGCAUCCUGUUUUCAACAAGGCACUAAAGUAAUACUGCAAUUAUGUUUUUGUCCUGAAUACAAAGUGUUAUGUUUGGGGCAAAUCCAAUACAACACAUUACUGAGUACCACUCUCCAUAUUUUCAAGCAUAGUGUAACAUUUGAUUAAUUGACAUUCCUAGUGUUUUUAUUUAAUCUUUCCUUUUCAUUCAGACAGUGGGUUUCCUAAGAUUGCAAUAUUAUGUGGUGUUAUUGGCUUCCCUUUGGCUGGUUAUGUUGGACAGGACAGGACCUGAGCAGAGAGAGAGGCCUCAGAGUGCUGUGGCAUUUCAUUGAGGGGAUCACUGGGAUCCAAUGUGUUGUACAGUAGGUGUGUGAAGUACUAUUUGACCGAAGCCCCUCAGUGACAUCACCAACUCUCUAUUCAAACCUUACAUCAGGGUUGGGGUCAAUAACAUUUCAAUUCCAGUCAAUUCAGGAAGUACACUGACAUUUCAAUUCUAUUGAAUGCUUUUCAAUUAGGAAAAUUGGAAAUUGGAAUUUGGUUUACUUUCUGAAUUGACUGGAAUUUAAAUAGAAUUGACCCCAACCCAUGUCUUCUCUAUGUUCAAGACACAGUGCUCUGUUCAAUAAAGACUAAGGAUUUAGAGAAAGUGUUUUAUAUUACUGCAGUAAGGCUCCCAGAAUAGCUCUGAAUACGGAAAAGCGGCCACCCAGGUUUGGUAUCUUAUACCCCUCCUUGAAAUAUCCAUUGUCUGAAGCAAUCAGAGACAAAACUAACUGCACCAACCUUUGUGCAGUAUUAGGCUACUGUAUUAUUCUUACUUUAAAGCUCUGUCAGUGUGUUGUUUUACCAUCGGCUUAUCUUCUGAUCUGAGGUCAGUGUGUCAGCAUCAGCAACAACAGGAGGAAGGUCAAGGUUAAUGAAAGGUGUUUCUCUCUCCUCUCUGCCACCUGGCCUACACAGAUGGAACUACAGAUAGCACCAUCCUUUUCCUCCCAUCCAUAUGCCUGGUCUGACUGACUAUGCAGCCCUGCCUGCACUGUUUUGGCCCUAGGCUGUUUCCCUGCUUGCCUCGCCACUUCCUUAGUUUUUCACUUCCUCUCCGUAAACUGUUUGCGCUAGGCUGGGGUACCUUCAUAUCUAGGCUGUUGACUGCAAUCUGUCAGGUUUAAGAAUAAGUCUGUCUAAAAGAGCUGCGCUCCGGCAUGAGGAAACAAGGGUUGUGGUUGUUUCUAUGUUAAAAUAUGUAUUAGUUGUUCAAGUCAAAUGAAAUUGUAUUUGUCACAUGCUUCCUUAACAACAGGUGUAGACUAACUGUGAAAUGCUUUCUUAAGGGCCUUUCACAACAAUGCAGAGAAAAAAAACAACAAAAGAGAGAUAAUAAAUACACAAUGAGUAACGAUAAUGGCAGGGGUACGAGGUAAUUGAGGUAGAUAUGUACAUACAGUUGAAGUCGGAAGUUUACAUACACCUUAGCCAAAUACAUCUAAACUCAGUUCUUCACAAUUCCUGACAUUUAAUCCUAGUAAAAAUGCACUGUCUUAGGUCAGUUAGGAUAACCACUUUAUUUUAAGAAUGUGAAAUGUCAGAAUAAUAAUAGAGAGAAUGAAUUAUUUCAGCUUUUAUUUAUUUUAUCACAAUUAGUAUUUGGUAGCAUUGCCUUUAAAUUGUUUAACUUGGGUCAAACGUUUCGGGUAGCCUUCCACAAGCUUCCCACAAUAAGUUGGGUGAAUUUUGGCCCAUUCCUCCUGACAGAGCUCCCUGCUCACACACACUUUUUCAGUUCUGCCCACAAAUGUUCUAUAGGAUUGAGGUCAGGGCUUUGUGAUGGCCACUCCAAUACCUUAACUUUGUUGUCCUUAAGCCAUUUUGCCACAACUUUGGAAGUAUGCUUGGGGUCAUUGUCCAUUUGGAAGACCCAUUUGCGACCAAGCUUUAACAUCCUGACUGAUGUCUUGAGAUGUUGCUUCAAUAUAUCCACAUCAUUUUCCUUCCUAAUGAUGCCAUCUAUUUUGUAUCUAAGUGCACCAGUCCCUCCUGCAGCAAAGCACCCCCACAGCAUGAUGCUGCCAGCCCCUUCACGGUUGGGAUGGUGUUCUUUGGCUUGCAAGCGCUCCCCAUUUUUCCUCCAAACAUAACGAUGGUCAUUAUGGCCAAACAGUUCUAUUUUUGUUUCAUCAGACCAGAGGACAUUUCUCCAAAAUGUCCCCAUGUGCAGUUGCAAACCGUAGUCUGGCUUUAUUUAUGGCAGUUUUGGAGCAGUGGCUUCUUCCUUGCUGAUCGGCCUUUCAGGUUAUGUCGAUGUAGGACUCGUUUUACUGUGGAUAUAGAUACUUUUGUACCUGUUUCCUCCAGCAUCUUCACAAGGUCCUUUGCUGUUGUUCUGGGAUUGAUUUGCACUUUUCACACCAAAGUACGUUAAUCUCUAGGAGACAGAACGCGUCUCCUUCCUGAGCGGUAUGACGGCUGCGGGGUCCCAUGGUGUUUAUACUUGCGUACUAUUGUUUGUACAGAUGAACGUGGUACCUUCAGGCAUUUGGAAUUUGCUCCCAAGGAUUAACCAGACUUGUGGAGGUCUACAAUUUUGUUAAUAAUAAUAAUCUGUCUGUAAACAAUUGUUGGAAAAAUUACUUGUGUCAUGCACAAAGUAGAUGUCCUAACCGACUUGCCAAAACUAUAGUUUGUUAACAAGAAAUUUGUGGAGUGGUUGAAAAACUAGUUUUAAUGACUCCAACGUAAGUGUAUGUAAACUUCCGACUUCAACUGUAUACAGUACUAGUCAAAAGUUUGGGCACACCUACUCAUUCAAGGGUUUUUCUUUAUUUUUACUAUUUUCUACAUUGUAGAAUAAUAGUGAAGACAUCGAAACGAUGAAAUAACACAUAUGGAAUCAUGUAGUAACCAAAAAAGUGUUAAACAAAUCAAAAUAUAUUUUAUAUUUGAGAUUCUUCAAACAGCCACCCUUUGCCUUGAUGACAGCUUUGCACACUCUUGACAUUUUCUCAACCAGCUACACCUGGAAUGCUUUUCCAACAGUCUUGAAGGAGUUCCCACAUAUGCUGAGCACUUGUUGGCUGAUUUUCCUUCACUUUGCUGUCCGACUCAUCCCAAACCAUCUCAAUUGGGUUGAGGUCGGGGGAUUGUGGAGGCCAGGUCAUCUGAUGCAGCACUCCAUAUCUCCGCUUCUUGGUAAAAUAGCCCUUACACAGCCUGUAGGUGUGUUGGGUCAUUGUCCUGUUGAAAAACAAAUGAUAGUCCCACUAAACCCAAACCAGAUGGGAUGGCGUUUCACUGCAGAAUGCUAUGGUAGCCAUGCUGGUUAAGUGUGCCUUGAAUUCUAAAUAAAUCACAGACAGUGUCACCAGCAAAGCACCCCCACACCAUAACACCUCCUCCUCCAUGCUUUACAGUGGGAAAUACACAUGCGGCGAUCAUCCGUUCACCCACACCGCGUCUCAUAUAGCCACGGCGGUUGGAACCAAAAAUCUCAAUUUUGGACUCCAGACCAAAGGACAAAUGUCCACCAGUCUAAUGUCCAUUGCUCGUGUUUCUUGGCCCAAGCAGGUCUCUUCUUCUUAUUGGUGUCCUUUAGUAGUGGUUUCUUUGCCGCAAUUCGACCAUGAAGGCCUGAUUCACACAGUCCCCUCUGAACAGUUGAUGUUGAGAUGUGUCUGUUACUCGAACUCUGUGAAGCAUUUAUUUGGGCUGCAAUUCCUGAAGCCGAUAACUCCUCUGCAACAGAGGUAACUUUGGGUCUUCCAUUCCUGUGGCGGUCCUCAUGAGAGCCAGUUUCAUCAUAGCGCUCAAUGGUUUUUGCGGCUGCACUUGAAGAAACUUUCAAUGUUCUUGAAAUGUUCCGUAUUGACUGACCUUCAUGUCUUAAAGUAAUGAUGGACUGUCGUUUCUCUUUGCUUAUUUGAGCUGUUCUUGCCAUAAUACGGACUUGGUCUUUUACCAAAUAGGGCUAUCUUCUGUAUACCCCCCCCCACCCUACCUUGUCACAACACAACUGAUUGGCUGAAAUUCAUUAAGAAGAAAUUCCACAAAUUAACUUUUAAGAAUGCACACCUGUUAAUUGAAAUGCAUUCCAGGUGACUACCUCAUGAAGCUGGUUGAGAGAAUGCCAAGAGUGUGCAAAGCUGUCAUCAAGGCAAAGGGUGGUAUUUGAUUUGUUUAACCUUGAUUUGUUAAACCUUAAGGAUCGGACCCUUUUUUUCAAUUAACACUUUUUUGGUUACUAAAUGAUUCCAUAUGUGUUAUUUCAUAGUUUUGAUGUCUUUACUAUCAUUCUACAAUGUAAAACAUAGAAAAAAUUAAGAAAAAACCUUGAAUGAGUAGGUGUGUCCAAACUUUUGACUGAUAGUGUAGGUAGUGACUAGACAACAGGAAAGAUAAUAAACAGUAGCAGCAGCGUAUGUGACGAGUCAAGAGUUAGUGCAAAGGGUGUCAAUGCAGAUAGCUAUUUGGUUAACUAUUUAAGUAACUAUUUAGCAUUUUUAUGACUUGGGGGUAGAUGCUGUUCAGGGUCCUGUUGCUUCCAGACUUGGUGCGUUGGUACUGCUUGCCGUGCGGAAGCAGAGAGAACAGUCUAUGACUUGGGUGGCUGGAGUCUUUGACAAUUUUUAGGGCCUUCCUCUGACACCGCCUGGUAUAGAGGUCCUGAAUGGCAGGGAGCUCGGACCCAGUAAUGUACUGGGCCGUACGCACUACCCUCUGUAGCGCCUUGUGGUCGGAUGCCAAGCAGUUUUCAUACCAAGCGGUGAUGCAGACAGUCAAGAUGCUCUCAGUGGUGCAGCUGUAUAACUUUUUGUGGAUCUGAGGGCCCAGUCCAAAUCUUUUCAUCCUCCUAAGGGGGAAGAGGCAUUGUCGUGCCUUCUUCACGACUGUGUUGAUGUGUGUGUACUAUGUUAAUUCCUUAGUGAUGUGGACACCAGAGGAACUUGAAGCUCCCGACCCGCUCCACUACAGCCCCGUCGAUGUGGAUGGGGGCAUGCUUGGGCCUCCAUUUCCUGUAGUCCACCAUCAGCUCCAUUGUCUUGCUGACGUUGAGGGAACCACACUGCCAGGUCACUGACCUCCUCCCUAUAGGCUGUCUUAUCGUCAUCGGUGAUCAGGCCUACCACCGUUGUGUCGUCAGCUAACUUAAUGAUGGUGUUGGAGUCGUGCACAGCCAUGGGUGAACAGGGGUGUACAGAAGGAGACUAAGCACGCACCACUGAGGGGCCCCCGUGUUGAUGGUCAGGCCUAGUUUGAAUCUAUUCUAACCAGUGCAGUUAUUGUAGUUCUCUGCCUGUGAAAUAUGUAUACUCAAAAUAGAGUUAAGGGAAUAAUCUGGCUGUAGCCCAGUUACAGUCUCUUCAAAGAGAAAUAACCAAACAGUCGUGUUGAAAUAACAAAAUAAAAUUGGCAUCAGUGAAAGGGUGCAUUUUUCACUUCCUAUCGACCUUUUGGAAAUAGUGUCACACUUUUGUUUUGACCAUGAUGUCAUAAACAGAUAAAUGGGAGUUAGGGCACCGUAUGUCUAUUGCACACACAGUGUGAUUUCUACAUUCAGUGCUGACACACACACACGCUCCUUUUUCUAUCCUCGUGGGGACCUAAAAUACAUUUCAAUUCAAAAUCCGGUUUUCAUUAACGCCUAACCCCUAAACCUAACCUAACGCCUAAACUUAAAAUAGGCCAUGUCCUCAUGGGGACAUGGAAAAUGUCCCCACGAGGGAGACUUUUCCUUGUUUUACUAUCCUUGUGGGGACAUUUUGGGAUUUCAGGUCCUCACGAGGAUAGAAGAACAAGACCACACACACACACACACACACACACACAUACAUACAUAUGUCUCUUGCGCUUUGUUCCUGUGAGAGCUUGUCUGUGUGCCAGCACUGGGGGCAGGAAGUGUGUGUGUGUGCCUCGCAACCACCCUGCCCCUUCCCACCCGUGCCCCGAUGGACAAGCCAGGCCGACGGCGUCAGCGCCGGUGCUUCUGGGUAAUGGUCCGAGUGAGAAGGGGGCCUCUGAUGCUCUGGCCAGCAGAAAGACAUGGGCUUGUUUUAUGAAGGAAACUGGCCCGCACAACCUGCUUUGUCUGCACUUUCACUCUGUUUUUGUUUUAUUUUAUCUAUUUAUUUUUCUUUAUGAAUCAGCGCCCUGCUCUGCUCUGCUCUGUCCCGUCCCACUCCACUCCUCUAUGCUUUCCAUUCCGAAAGGAUUUCCUCUUUCCGACCAUUCUAGUGUUGGGAGCUUCCUCAGCUACGGGAUGCUGGGAUGGAUUGGUUUGGGGAAAAAUGGUAUAACCUAGCUACUUUUCUUUUGUCUGUCUGUCUUGUCUGUAAUCCAAUCCAACCAGGUUGUUGGCCCAGAUGUAUUGUGCUCUGUAUAUGCCUUUAUUUACACGUGUGUUGUGACUGGUGUAGUGUUGCAAAACUACUGGUAAUUUACGAAAGUUACAGGAACUUUUGGUAAUUUUGGUAAUUAACAGGUAAUCUAUGGGAAUCUAUGGUAUCUUUGGUCAUUUAUAAACAAACAUAAAUAUUCAUAUAUAGUAUUCUUUUUUUGUGUCCAUAUUGUCCAUGAGUUUCUAGUGGAUAGACCAUAUGGUUCAAGAGAAAUGUUAUGAAAAAAGCAUCUAAUCAACAAUGGCAUUAUUUUUAAUAAGCUCUACAACUCUUCCAACUAUUGACUUUUUUCACAACUGCCACCAGUUUGGCACCAAAACUUUUACAACAAAGACAUUGACAUAGUAAAAUAAAUUAAAGUGUGUAAAAAGAUUUCAUGCUGAAACCUUUCAUGCUGAAACCUCACUAAGCUGAUGGUUUACAUUUAGCAUAAUGUUUUACAGCUUUGCCAUUCUCUUAUUUGAUUAUUUUACAUGUGAUAAGGCCACUCAGAGGGCCAGAGAUAAUUAUAGACAUACCCAAAAAGGCCACUAGAUGUCAUGUGAUAAAAAUCCCCCAAAACCUGGUAGUUUACCUCUAAACUUCAAAAGGUACCAGUAAUAUACCCUCUCUUUGCAACCCUAGAAUGGUGUGUGUAUUGUGACUAGAUUAUUGUACCUAGAAGGAUUUAUAUCAAUAGCACAAUGGAUUAUUCCGAUGACAUAACAAACCAGAAAUACAAGAAAACCUUGUAACACUGGAGCCCAGAUAAAAGCAUCUCAUUAUGAGGUAGGGAUGGGAGAGAGACGGAAAGAGAAGCAAACCAUUCAAUAUACUGUCUGUCUGCACAUUAGGCUUUUUCAAUCUAUUUCAAAAGGUAAGUCUUGUCAGAAACAAGUCAAAUACAAUAGACACAGAGAGAAAAGAGCCAGACAGACCUAGAGUCUACCUCUAUGUGAUAGAACACAGCAAAUCAAUGUUGAUGUAUGCCUUCAGCUAUUCAUUUCCCUGAUUCAUCCUCCUCCACUGAUGGGCUGGUGCUCCGUAACCCAUCUGUUAUCAUUAUCCAUCUAUUUGGCAGACACCAUUAUCCAAUAUUACCUCUUACAUUAAAUCUGUGUGUGUGUAUAUAUAUAUAUAUAUAUUCAUCUUUAUGGAGGGUAAUAGCAGGGUGUCUUACUCGAAGCUCAAGGGGAUUUACAAUGCUCUGGGGAUCUGUAUCUAGGAUGCAAACUUGUUUGGCUGAAUGCUUCAGAGGUAUUUAUCUGUCUGCCACCAGUUUGGCGCCAACAUUUUUACAACAAAGAAAUUGACAUAGUAAAAUAAAUAAAAGUGUGUAAAAAAAUAUAAAGGACAUUUCAUGCUGAAACCUUCAUAUUAAACACCAAUGGUAUUCACUAAGUUGAUGGUUGUUUGGCUGUAAAUCCCCUAAUAUAUAUACAGUGCCUUCGGAAAGUAUUCAGACCCCUUGACUUUUUCCACAUUUUGUUACAUUACAGCCUUAUUCUAAAUGGAUUAAAUCAACAAUUUCCUCAGCAAUCUACACACAAUACCCCAUAAUGACAAAGUGAAAACAGUAUUCAGACUCUUUGCUUUGAGACUCGAAAUUGAGCUCAGGCGCAUCCUGUUUCUAUUGAUCAUCCUUGAGAUGUUUCUACAACCUGAUUGGAGUCCACCUGUGGUAAAUUCAAUUGAUAGGACAUGAUUUGGAAAGGCACACACCUGUCUAUAUAUGGUCCCACAGUUGACAGUGCAUGUCAGAGCAAAAACCAAGCCAAGGAAUUGUCCGUAGAGCUCCGAAACAGAUUUGUGUCGAGGCACAGAUCUGGGGAAGAGUACCAAAAAAUUUCUGCAGCAUUUAAGGUCCCCAAAAACACAAUGGCCUCCAUCAUUCUUAAAUUGAAGAUGUUUGGAACCACCAAGACUCUUCCUAGAGCUGGCCGCCCAGCCAAACUGAGCAAUCGGGGGAGAAGGGCCUUGGACAGGGAGGUGACCAAGAACCUGAUGGUCACUCUGACAGAGCUCUAGAGUUCCUCUGUGGAGAUGGGAGAACCUUCCAGAAGGACAACCAUCUCUGCAGCGCUCCACCAAUCAGGCCUGAUGAAACCAAGAUUCAACUCUUUGGCCUUGUCAAUGGGGCUGAUGUGGAUGCGGAGUCGGAGUCAGGCGCAGGACACAGAAGCUCAGUCAAACAGACUUUACUAGUCAAAUAUACAAUACAAAAAUAAACGGGCCUCAAACACUGGAGGCGAGAGAUUACGCAAGCAGUGCGUAAAACACUAACUAAAUGAGCACAAAACUCUGACAUCAACGGACAGGCGGACAACAACACACAAACUCACAUACACAAAGCAGAAAACGUAUAGGACACAUAAUUAGACACAAACGGACACAGGUGCAACAGACAGACCAAACCCAACAAACAUCGAAACAUCCAACGGUGGCAGCUAGUACUCCGGGGACGACGAACGCCGAAGCCUGCCCGAGCAAGGAGGAGGAGCAGCCUCGGCAGAAUCCGUGACAGGCCUGAAUGCCAAGCAUCACGUCUGGAGGAAACCUGUCACUAUCCCUAUGGUGAAACAUGGUGGUGGCAGCAGCAUGCUGUGGGGAUGUUUUUCAGCAGCAGGGACUGGGAGACUAGUCAGGAUCAAGGGAAAGAUGAACGGAGCAAAGUACAGAGAGAUCCUUGAUGAAAACCUGCUCCAGAGCGCUCCAAAUGUGGAAAAAGUCAAGGAGUCUGAAUACUUUCCGAAUGCACUGUAUAUAUUGAGAAUAUCAUUGCAAAGAAUAUUGAACAGAUUGAAUGUGGCCCAAGAACUGUAGGCAGCAGGCUUGGGUGGGACCGCAUGAUGUCUAUGCCUCAUGAGUAAAUGGCUUAAUCAUUAUGUCUAUGUAACAUCCAGAUCCUAAUGUGGUUUGUACGCUAAAUUAAUCAAAGCUGACGACUACAACAUGUUUUAUACAGUACAGUCAGUGUGUCCCCCCCAAAUACUACCCUUAUCCCUAUUUAUUGUACGUCUUUUGACUAUGGCUCUGGUCAAGUAGUGCACUAUAUAGGGAAUAGGGUGCCAUUUGGGAUGCAUAGGUGUAAUUUACAUUGCAAAUACUGAACAGAUGGAUUGGAUGUAGUGGGAAGGUUUGACGCCAGCAGUCUAACGAUGCGUCAUCUCAUGCAGCAGACCCCAUGUCGAUGUUUCACUCCAUGUGAGAUCUAGCAUGGCUGCAGAACAGUAGUUUGCUAUGUGUGGUGUUAUGUAUGGCCAGGCUGUUAUAUGCAGUAGUCAUAAGGAUUUCACCACAUGUUUUUAGAGUGACAGAGUGAGAAGUGGUCCUUUAUAGCUCAGUUGGUAGAGCAUGGCGCUUGUAAAGCCAGGGUAGUGGGUUCGCUUCCCAGGACCACCCAUACGUAAAAUGUAUGCACGCAUGCUGUAAUUUGCUGUAGUUAAAAGUGUCUGCUAAAUGGCAUAUAUUAUAUUAUUGUGUAUGGGGGUGCGCUCGCGGGUGUGCAUGUGGGGUAUGUAAGUGUGUGCCUGCAUGUUUGGUGCCAAGCCAACACUAUGUCUGCCUCCGCAUGAAUGAUUAAGUGAAUACCUCUACUGGCCCUGUUCAUCACUCUCUGGUAUUAGACAGGUGCCUGGACCACACCCCCACCACCACUGGUGAUAAAACCAUCUCCCAUCCAUAACUACAGUAUAGGAAAAUACUUGAAAUACACUGUCCCUGUAGAUUACUCUCAGCUCUCCCCCCCCCCCCAAUCUGUCUGACAAUCCGCCGGCUGCGAAAAAAGACUUAGGAACAUAAAUAUCAAGCAGGCGUCCAUCUUGUUGUGGAAACAUCAACACAGGAGAGGGGAGUCGUUGGAGAGAAAAGGGAAAGUUCCUGUCUGGUCUGUCUGGUGUGUGAGAGUGAGUCACCCUAUGGUAAAUGUAUUUUCCCGACACAGUGGAAGGUCAAUGGAGGUAGAGCGUCAUUUCAGAUUGCAAGUGUGUGAACUCUUCACCAGCUGUCUCUCUGUCUAUGGAGAGACUAGUCACUACACCAUCCAACUAUGUGAGAAGAGAAGGGAGUACAUUAGGUUGUGGAAAAAAAGUGGGGGGAGAAGUCAAACUGGAGACAGGUCUGGGAUGGCUGGCCAUGUUGAGAUGGAUUGUUGGACCUGUCUCUCUGAGUUUCCAUUUAAUUAAUAAUCCUUAAGAGUCUAUUUAUGCACCUGUGCGCCAAUCUAAGUAACAUAAUAAAAAAAUCCCCAUCAGAAUCCGUCAAUUUAAGCUAGAGAUAUCUGUUUUUUGCAUGGGCAGCGUCUCAAUUCACCACAUCUGCCUAUGUCGGACUUCCGCAUCUGCGGUGGAAGGCGGCUGAGCUACAGCGGUGUUCGUCAGACCAUGAGACAUCCCGAAAAUCGGUCUUCUCACGAAAACGUCUGUAGCGUCCGAAAGGUUUCCCCACAAGCCCAACAGGACUUGUCUGAAGUUGGUACCGCCGAUGUGCCAACUUCUGUGUGUAGCGUCCGAACCGUUUCGGCUACAAACUAAUAUGAGCUUCAAAACCUUUUUCUUAAAAUGACUAAAUGUAAAUGUAAAACCUGAUUCCUUAUGAUUUAUAUUUUGACUGUCUGUUUUGCCAUUUAUGAAUGUGUUAUUCAAUGCGUUUCUAUGUGCUAUAUUAGUAAAUGCCAAAUUCUGUAUUUUAUCAAAUACACUACAUGACCAAAAGUAUGUGGACACCUGCUCGUCGAAACAUCUCAUUCCAAAAUCAUGGGCAUUCAUAUGAAAUUGGUCCUCCCUUUGCUGCUAUAACAGCUGUCAUACUUAAGUAAAGGUAAAAGUCACCCAGUAAAAUUCUACUUGAGUAAAAGCCUAAAUGUAUUUGGUUUAAAAUAUACUUAAGUAUCAAAAGUAAAUGUAAUUGCUAAAAUAUACUUAAGUAUCAAAAGUAUAAAUCAUUUCAAAUUCCUUAUAUUAAGCAAACCAGAUGGCACCAUUUCCUUGUUUUAUAAAUUUACGGAAAGCCAGGGGCACACUCCAACACUCAGACAUAAUUUACAAACGAAGCAUGUGAGUUUAGUGAGUGCGCCAGAUCAGAGGCAGUAGGGAUGACCAGGGAUGUUCGGUUGAUAAGUACGUGAAUUUGACUAUUUUCCUGUCCUGCUAAGCAUUCAAAAUUUAACGAGUACUUUUGUGUGUCAAAUAAAAUGUAUGGAGUAAAAAGUACAAUAUUUUCUUAAGGAAUGUAGUGAAGUAAAAGUAAAAGUAGUCAAAAAUAUAAAUAGUAAAGUAAAGUACAGAUACCCCAAAAAACGACUUAAGUAGUACUUUAAAGUAUUUUUACUUAAGUACUUUACACCACUGUAUAACAGCCUCCAAUCUCCUGGGAAGGCUUUCCACUAGAUGUUGGAAAAUUGCUGCGGGGACUUGCUUCCAUUCAGCCACAAGAGCAUUCGUGAGGUCGGGCGCUGAUGUUGGGCGAUUAGGCCUGGCUCGCAUUGGGAUAGGUAGCGUUCUCCUGGCAUCCGCCAAACGCAGAUUCGUCCGUCGGACUGCCAGAUGGUGAAGCGUGAUUCAUCACUCCAGUGAUUUAUACAUCUGUCAGCAACGGGUGUGGCUGAAAUAGCCGAAUCCACUAAUUUGAAGGAGUGUCCACAUACUUUGUAUAUAUAGUGUACCUACAGGGGUCCUAAAAUCAAAUAGCUAAAUGAUCCAUGGUAUGACCAUCUUGUUAGCUUAGUAGAACCCCCCCACCAGAUAACACAAACAGCUAGAGGUCUCAGUCCCUCCUGUCCCCAAGCUAAACAGAAGAACUCUGAUGUUGCGUCUCGUUGGUGUGAGUGUCGAUGCUGUAAUGUUAAUGUAUGAUCAAGAUUAAGCUCAGUUAUGGAUAUUGCUGAAAUGUAAACAAGACUGAGCAACAGCCACUCUUGCCACACCUACUGGGCUCUGUCAUGGAAAGCUCUAGUCCUUUUCUGAAGCUGUGCCAGCUUGCCGUCCACUCAUAUCAGCAGGACACGUAUCUGAUUGUUGUUUUUAGUAGAGGUGGGAUUAAGCAAUAUUUUUGGAGAAUAUACAAUCUGUCCUUUUCAGUCUGUCACUUUUUGCAAAAUAUUUAUAUUUCUGCAUUCGUUAUUGCAAGGUGCCCAGUUAGCAAAAUCGCAAUCUCCCAAUGUCCCAUUGGGUGUUGAUGUGAAUAACUUUUUUUUCCCACUCCCUCUCUCCGCUGAUCGCGGUCCAGAAAACCGUCCCCCAGAUUUUAUGACACGCACAUUGGCCUGGGAAUCUCAUUUAAACUGAGUUAUAAUAGUUUUCUAAUCUGUGUUUUUUUGUUGUUGUCAAGACUCUUACUGGCGCCCAGAGGGACAUGACCUCAGAUCCAGCUGUCUACCCUGGCCUCCAGUCAGUUCCAUCUCUCACUCUCUGACAGCUGCUGUUGGGUUGGCUUUGGGGGGAAAACCCACCAAAAAGGAUGACUUCUUCCUCUUCUGAAUUUUGCUUUGUGAUCCUCUGGGGUUUACCGAGACUUUCUUCCCCCUCGGAAUGUAAACAAUAACAGGAGGCAGGGUAUUUAAUCAUGUCCAGUGUUAGAUGGCUUGGCUGGCUGGCGGGAUGCUCUCCAAACUGUGUGAUGGUGGACAAUUAACCUCGAUCUCCACUGCCACGGCUACCCUGCCAAGACCUAGCUAGCUGGUGUCUGUGGUUCCAGUCAUACUGCUGAGCUUUAGCAGGACUAUCAGUGGCUGAUGCAAUACAGAACAUUUCUUAAUGAUAUGAUAUUACCUUGAUUAAAAUGGGUCACUUGUGACUAUGCCGAUUUCUGUGUCUGGCUCAUUUUAGAGUCUACAGUAUGUGUUAGAGGUGUACGAUUCACCAAACCCACGGUUCGAUACGUAUUGCGGUUUUGGGGUCAUGGUUCGGUUUCGGGACAGCGGGAAAAUGAAAGGGCGACAGUUACUGUAUUUAAUUUUUGUUAAGAAAAUACAAUGCGUUGGUGUUCCUAAUUCCAUAUAUGAUCAUGAGGCCUAUAAUACCUGAUGAGAGCACAGUCAGGAAUAACAACACUUUGUAUUUUCUAUAACAAAUGAAAACACACAAUUACUUAACACUAAAAUAAAGUGCAAUAUGCGUGUGAUAUCAAUAUAUAAACAUGGCUCAGACAUUGUAUAGGCCUAUGCUAUAAUGUUUUCUUACAAAAUAAAAAAUAUGCGCAGCUUUUGUGACUCUCAUAAACGGGGCUUGUCUGUAUCACGGUACAUCUCAUUUCCCACUCCAGAGUAAUGUGAUGAGAUGUCACUGUUAAGUAGCUCUCUGUAGCCCUGGAGAUCCAUCCAUCUGUAGUAAGCACAACACAGGGUGCAUUGGCCAAUUAAUUGACAACUUCAGCUUUAUCUUGCUUAUAUAGAGCGGGUACUAGCUGUUUGCUGAAAUGGGUGCGAGAGGACGAAGUUCAUAACGUGGCUCGAGCACUUUCACGAGGUGUUGAAACCCCCCAUUCUUCUCCAGCACUGAGAAUGGGCGCAUAUCCAUGGCUAUAAACAUACCUAUCACUCUUGUAAUUUCUUUGGCCGGUCAGAAUCAACUGUGAAGGGUUGCUUGAAUGCAGAGGGGAGACAAACUUGUGCUGAUUUUUGCCUUUCCGUCUUGCUCAGGUGGUAGGAAUACUGGGGUGAUGUCGGCAUAAAUGUGUCAACAUGUUUGAUGUGUUGACAGCUACAGUGGGGAAAAAAAGUAUUUAGUCAGCCACCAAUUGUGCAAGUUCUCCCACUUAAAAAGAUGAGAGAGGCCUGUAAUUUUCAUCAUAGGUACACGUCAACUAUGACAGACAAAAUGAGGGAAAAAAAUCCAGAAAAUCACAUUGUAGGAUUUUUUAUGAAUUUAUUUACAAAUUGUGGUGGAAAAAAAGUAUUUGGUCAAUAACAAAACUUUCUCAAUACUUUGUUAUAUACCCUUUGUUGGCAAUGACACAGGUCAAACGUUUUCUGUAAGUCUUCACAAGGUUUUCACACACUGUUGCUGGUAUUUUGGCCCAUUCCUCCAUGCAGAUCUCCUCUAGAGCAGUGAUGUUUUGGGGCUGUCGCUGGGCAACACAGACUUUCAACUCCCUCCAAAGAUUUUCUAUGGGGUUGAGAUCUGGAGACUGGCUAGGCCACUCCAGGACCUUGAAAUGCUUCUUACGAAGCCACUCCUUCGUUGCCCGGGCGGUGUGUUUGGGAUCAUUGUCAUGCUGAAAGACCCAGCCACGUUUCAUCUUCAAUGCCCUUGCUGAUGGAAGGAGGUUUUCACUCAAAAUCUCACGAUACAUGGCCCCAUUCAUUCUUUCCUUUACACGGAUCAGUCGUCCUGGUCCCUUUGCAGAAAAACAGCCCCAAAGCAUGAUGUUUCCACCCCCAUGCUUCACAGUAGGUAUGGUGUUCUUUGGAUGCAACUCAGCAUUCUUUGUCCUCCAAACACGACGAGUUGAGUUUUUACCAAAAAGUUCUAUUUUGGUUUCAUCUGACCAUAUGACAUUCUCCCAAUCCUCUUCUGGAUCAUCCAAAUGCACUCUAGCAAACUUCAGACGGGCCUGGACAUGUACUGGCUUAAGCAGGGGGACACGUCUGGCACUGUAGGAUUUGAGUCCCUGGCGGCGUAGUGUGCUACUGAUGGUAGGCUUUGUUACUUUGGUCCCAGCUCUCUGCAGGUCAUUCACUAGGUCCCCCCGUGUGGUUCUGGGAUUUUUGCUCACCGUUCUUGUGAUCAUUUUGACCCCACGGGGUGAGAUCUUGCAUGGAGCCCCAGAUCGAGGGAGAUUAUCAGUGGUCUUGUAUGUCUUCCAUUUCCUAAUAAUUGCUCACACAGUUGAUUUCUUCAAACCAAGCUGCUUACCUAUUGCAGAUUCAGUCUUCCCAGCCUGGUGCAGGUCUACAAUUUUGUUUCUGGUGUCCUUUGACAGCUCUUUGGUCUUGGCCAUAGUGGAGUUUGGAGUAUGACUGUUUGAGGUUGUGGACAGGUGUCUUUUAUACUGAUAACAAGUUCAAACAGGUGCCAUUAAUACAGGUAACGAGUGGAGGACAGAGGAGCCUCUUAAAGAAGAAGUUACAGGUCUGUGAGAGCCAGAAAUCUUGCUUGUUUGUAGGUGACCAAAUACUUAUUUUCCACCAUAAUUUGCAAAUAAAUUCAUUAAAAAUUCUACAAUGUGAUUUUCUGGAAAAGAAAUUCUCAAUUUGUCUGUCAUAGUUGACGUGUACCUAUGAUGAAAAUUACAGGCUUCUCUCAUCUUUUUAAGUGGGAGAACUUGCACAAUUGGUGGCUGACUAAAUACUUUUUUCCCCCACUGUACAUAGGCUAUUCUCAUUGACCAGUGGUGACAUACUCUCUCUGUCCAUUGCCAUUGUAAUCUACUGGGAAGACAAAAUGUUCCCAAACUGGAGAUUUUAAACGAUGGAGAAUCCUCCAUCGUACAGAACUAGUUCCUGGCUGCGCCUUACAAAAGGACAGUUUGAAAUGCGUCAAUUAAGAUUUACAAUUUAUAUUACAACGUGCGCAUAGGCUCUAGUUGUUGGAACGCAAUAGCCUGAAAUGUUUUGUUCACCUCAAAUUUACUCAAGAGGCAUACAACGCAUAGCCUAUUGUGUAUAUAUAUAUAUAUAUAUAUUUUUUUUUGUAUUCAUUCGGGUUCACAGUGUUGACCGAACAGAGGUCCCUGGUACAAAUACGUGUACCGUUACACCCCUACUAUGUGUAAAGGAUGUCACGCUGCUUGCUUAGUGAGUACCGCUUCCCCCUGAUUCAGCUCAUACAGAGACUCGGGACCUUUGCCUCGCAAACACACGUGACCGCCCUCGUGAAGUGUUCCAACCCAUCAGGCCAUUGGAAAAGGCCUUCUAUAAUUGCGCAAGAGGCGACACUUCAGGCUGAGGAGUGAGUUUCACAGAUCCCCAUCUGCUACAUAUGCUGUGUGUGAACAUUAAUGUAAGAUCUACAGUAUAUGUGAUAUAUAUGUGUUCACAAAGGCUCUUAGUUUUUUCCCUCAGAAUGAAUUACACAGUGGCAGAAAGGUUCAAGGCUCUCUUGUCUUCUCCUCUCCACCCAAAGAUUGAUUGGCUCCCUUGCUCUGCACAGGCCGCAGGCAUCAGCCAUCUCUGAUAAAGGUCUAAAUGCUUUAUAGCACAAAUCUUAUCACUGUGGUCCCCAAGACAUUGCCUCUCUAUGUCCCCUCUCCUAUGGGAAGUGUAUUGUGUGAGUGCUUAGUCAAAGACAAGGGUGUCCACUUCCCCCCCUAUAAUUUUCUUUCCCAUUUUCGAAAAAAGUGCAGUUGAAAGAAGAUAAAAAUAAGAAAAGAAACAGAGAUAGAGGCCAUCGGAGCUGUGAUUUGAGUCUUCCUGAUUCGAUUGAUUACCUCGAAGGUCCCCCCCUGUUAUCUUCAAAGCGGACUUUGAAUUUGAAUGAAGUUGGCUAGCCUAACACGCUUUUGUUAUUUUUUUGCCCCGGCCGGCCAUCUGAAGAAAAGUGCCUUGUGGCUCUAACUCCCAGACAGAUAGCUCUUAUCAAGCUUUUCUCUCCCCGUGAUUUAUGUCACUGGCUGGGUCCGCUUUAGGGGCAAUUUUCCCCCAGCGUCCUCUGGAGAUAGGCGAGAGGAAAGGAAGGUAUUUGGUGGGGCGAUAAGAUGGUGAUAGAGCGGCCGGAGCAGGCUGUAGGAGGCUGUAGAUAAGGCUGAUUACAGUUAUUUGUGAGAAGAAAAAAAGCAUUCGCUGCCGCUCCUCUCCUAAAAGCAAGGGUCCAGUGUUGAAACCAAUCUGAUAGGACUCUCGUCUUGUCUAAAGGCUCACAAUGGUGAUGACACUUUAAAAGCCUGUAAGCCAAGGAGAGUGCAGGCCAGGGUGUCUUCUCUCCUGAGCUUCCUGAACUUUGGUAAACACGUUUGUCCUGAUAAGACCUUGUAGACCAGCCAUACUAAACUGGCAGACUGCAAGUUGAAAGCUCCGUUGGGCUUUCAACUUGCUGCUGUUGAUGGUUGUAGAGGUAGAAUGCACAAGGUGCAAUUUCAACAUUUGGAAGUGCUUGGGCAGUUUUCUCUUAUGUCAUUCACUGACAGACCCUCAAGCUAUUUAUAACCUGUCAGACAUGUCCAGUUGAUCAAUUACUAGCCCAUGUUAGCUAGAUAGCUGGUUAGCCUAAUUUACCAAUCUAAAUAUUGUAGGUAAUAUGUCUAGAUUUACAGUACCAGUCAAAAGUUUGGACACACCUACUCAUUCAAGGGUUUUUCUUUAUUAUUGUAGAAUAAUAGUGAAGACAUCAAAACUAUGAAAUAACAUGUAUGGAAUCAUGUAGUAAGCAAAAAAGUGUUAAACAAAUCAAAUUAUAUGUUAUAUUUGAGAUUCUUCAAAUAGCCACCCUUUGCCUUGAUGACAGCUUUGCACACUCUUGUCAUUCUCUCAACCAGCUUCAAAUGGAAUGAAAGAGUUCCCACAUAUGCUGAGCACUUGUUGGCUGCUUUUCAUUCACUCUGCGGUCCGACUUAUCCCAAACCAUCUCAAUUGGGUGGAGGUCGGGGGAUUGUGGAGCCCAGGUAAUCUGAUGCAGCACUCCAUCGCUCUCCUUCUUGGUCAAAUAGCCCUUACACAGCCUGGAGGUGUGUUGUGUCAUUGUCUUGUUGAAAAACAAAUGAUAGUCCCACUAAGCCCAAACCAGAUGGGAUGACGUAUCACUGCAGAAUGCUGUGGUAGCCAUGCUGGUUAAGUGUGCCUUGAAUUCUAAAUAUAUCACAGACAGUGUCACCAGCAAAGCACCCCCUCACCAUAACACCUCCUCCUCCAUGCUUUACGGUGGGAAAUACACAUGCGGAGAUCAUCCGUUCAACCACACCGCGUCUCACAAAGACACAGCGGUUGGAAAGAAAAAUCUCAAAUUUGGACUCCAGACCAAAGGACACAUUUCCACCGGUCUAAUGUCCAUUGCUCGUGUUUCUUGGCCCAUGCAGGACUUUUCUUAUUAUUGGUGUCCAACUGAUUGGCUCAAACGCAUUAAGAAGGAAAGAAAUUCCACAAAUUCACUUGAAAGAAGGCACACCUGUUAAUUAAAAUGUAUUCCAGGUGACUACCUCAUGCAUGAAGCUGGUUAAGAGAAUGCCAAGAGUGUGCAAAGCUGUCAUCAAGGCAAAGAGUGGCUAUUUGAAGAAUCUCAAAUAUAAAAUAUAUUUUGAUUUGUUUAACACUUUUUUGGUUACUACAUGAUUCCAUAUGUGUUAUUUCAUAGUUUUGAUGUCUUCACUAUUAUUCUACAAUGUAAAAAAUAGUAAAAAUAAAGAAAAACUUGAAUGAGUAGGUGUGUCCAAACUUUUGACUGGUAGUGUACGUGCCCAGGGGCCUCUACCCUCAGGGGGCCCCCAUUUAGAUUUUGGUGAGUCACAGGUAUGAUAUGAACACACAUAAGGCAACACAUUUUUUGCUAGAAUUGCAGGAAAUCCGCAAACAUUUCUGUCCUCCAACAAGAGGGGUGUGAACAGUUUGGGGGCGCAUGGGUUGCGAGGUGGGGGUUUGUUACUACACCGAUUAAAUGACAAUAUCCAUCCGGACCUUUGCCACUUAGGACAUUUGUGUGACCUUACCUUCUCAAAUAGUAGUUGAGUACCCCUGUUGUAGACCAUUUGUGUGUUUUUGUUUUAAUUUAGUAGAAAGCGGGAGAAAAUUAGAAAUGUGCUGCUUAGUAGGGCUGUGACGGUCAUGGAAUUUUGGAUGACAGUAAUUGGCCAGCCAAAUGACUGCGGUCACCGUAAUAACCGUUCGAAUGGCCAUUCUUUUUUAUUUUUUGGCAUAUUUUCUCCUCUUUUACACUCCUGAUUGUACAGUGGGGAAAAAAAGUAUUUAGUCAGCCACCAAUUGGGCAUGUUCUCCCACUUAAAAAGAUGAGAGAGGCCUGUAAUUUUCAUCAUAGGUACACGUCAACUAUGACAGACAAAAUGAGAUUUUUUUUCUCCAGAAAAUCACAUUGUAGGAUUUUAAAUGAAUUUAUUUGCAAAUUAUGGUGGAAAAUAAGUAUUUGGUCAAUAACAAAAGUUUCUCAAUACUUUGUUAUAUACCCUUUGUUGGCAAUGACACAGGUCAAACGUUUUCUGUAAGUCUUCACAAGGUUUUCACACACUGUUGCUGGUAUUUUGGCCCAUUCCUCCAUGCAGAUCUCCUCUAGAGCAGUGAUGUUUUGGGGCUGUCGCUGGGCAGCACGGACUUUCAACUCCCUCCAAAGAUUUUCUAUGGGGUUGAGAUCUGGAGACUGGAUAGGCCACUCCAGGACCUUGAAAUGCUUCUUACGAAGCCACUCCUUCGUUGCCCGGGCAGUGUGUUUGGGAUCAUUGUCAUGCUGAAAGACCCAGCCACGUUUCAUCUUCAAUGCCCUUGCUGAUGGAAGGAGGUUUUCACUCAAAAUCUCACGAUACAUGGCCCCAUUCAUUCUUUCUUUUACACGGAUCAGUCGUCCUGAUCCCUUUGCAGAAAAACAGCCCCAAAGCAUGAUGUCUCCACCCCCAUGCUUCACAGUAGGUAUGGUGUUCUUUGGAUGCAACUCAGCAUUCUUUGUCCUCCAAACACGACGAGUUGAGUUUUUACCAAAAGUUCUAUUUUGGUUUCAUCUGACCAUAUGACAUUCUCCCAAUCCUCUUCUGGAUCAUCCAAAUGCACUCUAGCAAACUUCAGACGGGCCUGGACAUGUACUGGCUUAAGCAGGGGGACACGUCUGGCACUGCAGGACCAAAUACUUAUUUUCCACCAUAAUUUGCAAAUCAAUUCAUAAAAAAUCUUACAAUGUGAUUUUCUGGAGAAAAAAAAUCUCAAUUUGUCUGUCAUAGUUGACGUGUACCUAUGAUGAAAAUUACAGGGCUCUCUCAUCUUUUUAAGUGGGAGAACUUGCACAAUUGGUGGCUGACUAAAUACUUUUUUUCCCCACUGUAUGUGCCGCAAUAGAAAUAUAAUGAAUAGAACAGGCAUUCCCAUUCAAGUCAAUGAUAGCAUAAUGGGUGGACUGGCGGACAUUGCGAGUGUACCCAUAGGAGCAAAGCAGGAAGUAAAAUAUGAGCUACAAAAUGGGCUGUAAUUUGUUGAUUCAACUCAACUGUCAUUACAAAAAAUACAUUCCAUUGCAUGAGCCACAUCAGUUAACAUAAUUUGAAUGAAAAUUCUACAUCAUCAUGGAAAGUAUUGAAUCACAAUACCAGGCAGCCAUUGCAUGUGUACCCAUGAGUUUACCAGUAAAAUUGCCAGGGUUAGAGAUGUUUGCUGCUGCUGUUUCAGCAAGGAGCAAAGUUUCAUCACGUUGUUAAGAGUCCUUGUUACUGCCAAGACGGCAGUAACAUUGUUGUUUUAUUUGAUCAACAAUGUGUCUUUCGAUUCGGCUUGAUCCGAUGCUUGACUCAAAUGCUAGAUAGAUUGAAAAAAGAGAAUGCGAGUCAGGAGUGGAGCAGGCGGAUGGACUGUGUCAGCAUCCCUCCAGGCCUGAGCUAAACUGAGCUGAGCAUCUCUCACCCUCUCAAUCCACCAUGCUGUUCUCUGAGCCACAAACCCUCUGGUGUGUCCUCUACAGGAUCUCUUCUCUCAGCUCCUCUAAGCACCACGGUUAGUGCAGCGUAGCCAGCAGCCCCCUUCGGCACAGCACCCCCACCCCGCGUCCCGCAAAUUAAUCUGCCACCCUGUUUACACAACCACCACUUUCUGUCUGCUCAGCUCCUCACUGUGUGUUUGUGAGAGAGAGCGGGAAAAUAAAUGAGGAGAAAGAACAUUGCGUGUGUGUACGUGUCCGAGGCUACAAAUCCUUGACGUUUGCAGAAAUGACUUUUUCACACAAAUAAUUCAAGUCCUUCCCUGUCCUUCCAAUGAUAAACCUUCAUCCAGUUAAUUAGAAACUUAUGGAAAGGGAUUAGAGAUAGCAAUUACUAUUAUCAUUGGAGAAUUUAUGAUUAACACCAGCGUAUGGAAAUGUCAUUGGAAGUCUUGGAAUUGGUGGUGUAAAAUCUUUUACAGUACCAAAGUGACCCUCUUAGUUCAUCCUUGUGAUUUAGAACCCCACCUUUUUGAUUAUACAUGUAUUUUAUAAGCUAGUACGUCGUAAAUCAAGUUAGCUGUUUAAAGAAUAGAUUCUUCCUGAAUAUGACUGAGGACCAUUGCAAUGUAAGGGACAGACGUUUUAAGAAGGGAUUAAGUUGAAAGGAAAAAACGACUGAUAUAAUGUCUGUACUGUAAACAUGUAGUAAAUGUGGCCCUAGGAUUUCCAAGGACAUCACUACUAGCUAACAACGAAGAUAUGUAAUCAGAUGCUCUGGGAUGCACUAAUAGGCCUUAUCUGGAUAAUUGUGUGGAAGGAAGGCAGUGGUAUACACAUUUCAGACACCAAAGCAUUCCAAUGCCAAACCUCAGAUGUGUCUGAUGAUGCAGCGUCAAGCAAGCAGGAAGUGCAUAACUCUGGGUCAAAGGUCAUGUUGGGGGCAGGGUACCGGGAAGUGAGAAGGCAGGGUGGAGGGGUGUUGUACUCUCAAUGGCUGAUGUGGAAGAGAGGGUAACAUUUUUAUAGAUGUGGUCAAAUAUAUUGGCACUCUUGCAAUGGAACAGAAUGUGCUAUUUUUUCUUUUCAAAACUGGUUGAAUGGCUAUUUUUACCCUGUAGGCACCUGCAACUUACCACAGGUGAAAUUGCACAGUAAAUGAGAAUCAUUGCCUACAACUAAAUUAUUUUUGAAUAUUUUAGUCAAGGCCAUUGUUUGACAUUGAUGUAAACAUUUCUCAAUUUCAGUGUUUUCAAUUUCAACUUAUUUUAGAAGAAAUUGUGAAUCAUACAAGGGUGCCAAUAUAUUUGACCGCAUCUGUAUGCCAGUAGUCUUCAUGUCUCAGACAAGGCUAGUCAUCAUACAGGUGUAGGUCACUGAACCACCUCCACCUACACAGACAGUAGGUCAUCCGUCUAUAGGCCUGUUGUAAAGACAGUCAAUGAGGUUGAAUGUAAUGCUGCAUCGCUUCCGACAUGCAACGCGUCAUUUGCUUGCAAGUCUCUCCCUUCCUCCUGAUGUCAGAAUAGAUAGUACCACCACCCCGCCCAUGUUAAUUUAUAUUUCUCCCUUACACAGCUGCUAUAGCAAUCAUUAUGUGGUGAGGAAAUGGAAUACAGAUGCCCAUAGUCCCUUGAUAUUUCCCAUGGGCUUAGUGUAUACUGAGUACAGUGUGUGCAUAUGCAUUGAUUUAGAUGUGAUGUGUUUAGAAUUAUUAGCGCAUCGCUGCUGAACCUUGAAAUAGGCUGCUGUGAUAUUAACCAGAGCUCAGCAUAAGUCACGCGUUACUAUCAAAGAUGAGACUCCUCGGGAUGCUGGGUGGGUUACACCACUGACUUCACUGACCGUAUAGGGAAGAGUUGUUGCAGUAUCAUGUACACAUUUAAAAGGCGUUUAAAAAGGACAAGAACAAUACAGACAAAGAAUUCCCAGUGACAAAUUUAUAACAAUUUCUAUACGGUUUGAAAACUUAAAGCAGCAAUCUGCAGUUCAAACAAUAACAAAGCCCUCACCCACCUCUGUUUUGAUAAAAAGCUGAGGAACGGGGCUGGAGAAAUGUAUAGACAGCUAUGGAUACAAGGACUUGCCAUCCAUCAUUUUAAAAAUUAUAGUUUUAAUAAUUUUUUGAGGCUAUUUAGUGUUUGUUUAGAUGUACAUUGUUUACAAACACUGGAAUAAAACAAGCUUGUAUUUUAGGUUCUGAUGGAGAACUACAGUUGAAGUAAGCUCAUGAAGCAUGUAUAAGUUAUAUUCUUCAAGAAUCAAUGGGUAUAUAUAAUGUGCCAAUCGCAGAUUCCACCUUUUUAAUGGAUGGAUUAGGACAUGACCCCGGGCCAUAAGGAGGGAUAUUACACAUGGCACGAAUGAUUGUCUAGUCCCGUUUUUCAUGCAAGCAGGUGACUGGCUGGCUUGUCAUGUUUGUCUUUUUUAAGCUCUAAAGGGACGUAAUUCAGAUCUUAGACUUGUUCUAUAAGUGUCAUAAAGAUGAGUGUUUUAAGCAGUUAACCGAUAAUAAUAAGAAUCUCACAUUGUUAUCAUUCAGGAAUAGCUAGAGGUGAGUGACUGGUGGCAGAAGUCUCAGUCUGAAUGUGUGCGAUCUUCAAUCCCACAACCGUCUCUCACUGUUUAAUACUUUUGUGCAUUGGCUGUUCAAUAGUUCAACAGGUUGUGUUUCUUCAUAGUUCAGACAGUCUGACUCAAAGUGUUUGUAAAUCAUGGUGGGAGACACCACAAUAGCACCCAUCUAAACAAUGCCUUCUGGAGAGUGAGGGUGAAGUCGCUUCCUUCCCGGUCUCGUCUCUCAAAGCGGUCUGUCUCAGUUGUGAUUGACUUGAAUCUGAGAUGAGGGCACAGUUUCUCUGUCUUUUUACCUGCUGCUCUCCUGCCGUCUCUCUCUGACUCACUCGAUUACCACAAUAUAUACACAAACACGUACACACACUCACACAUACACCAGGCUGUUUUAAGGGGUCAUUUGAUUGAUAGUUCUGACCUUUUCUGGCCUCAGACAGACUGACACGUCAGCGUCAUAAUUGCCCUGUCAUCAUCAUCUCUCCAUAUUUGUGAAUAGAGAGAGAGAGAAAUGAGAGGUAGAUAGAGAUAGAGAAAUGACAGGUAGAUAGAGAGAUAUAGAAAUGAGAGAGGUAGAUAGAGAGAGCUAGAGAAAUGAGAGAGGUAGAUAGAGAGAUAGAGAAAUGAGAGAGGUAGAUAGAGAAAUGAGAGAGGUAGAUAGAGAGAUAGAGAAAUGAGAGGUAGAUAGAGAGAGAGAAGUGAGAGAGGUAGAUAGAGAGAUAGAGAAAUGAGAGAGGUAGAUAGAGAGAUAGAGAAAUGAGAGAGGUAGAUAGAGAGAUAGUGAAAUGAGAGAGGUAGAUAGAGAGAUAGAGAAAUGAGAGAGGUAGGUAGAGAGAUAGAGAAAUGAGAGAGGUAGAUAUAGAGAUAGAGAAAUGAGAGAGGUAGAUGGAGAGAUAGAGAAAUGAGAGAGGUAGAUAGAGAGAUCGAGAAAUGAGAGAGGUACAGUGGGGAAAAAGUAUUUAGUCAGCCACCAAUUAUGCAAGUUCUCCCACUUAAAAAGACGAGAGAGGCCUGUAAUUUUCAUCAUAGGUACACGUCAACUAUGACAGACAAAAAUGAGAAAAAAAAUCCAGAAAAUCACAUUGUAGGAUUUUUAAUGAAUUUAUUUGCAAAUUAUGGUGGAAAAUAAGUAUUUGGUCACCUACAAACGAGCAAGAUUUCUGGCUCUCACAGACCUGUAACUUCUUCUUUAAGAGGUUCCUCUGUCCUCCACUCGGUACCUGUAUUAAUGGCACCUGUUUGAACUUGUUAUCAGUAUAAAAGACACCUGUCCACAACCUCAAACAGUCACACUCCAAACUCCACUAUGGCCAAGACCAAAGAGCUGUCAAAGGACACCAGAAACAAAAUUGUAGACCUGCACCAGGCUGGGAAGACUGAAUCUGCAAUAGGUAAGCAGCUUGGUUUGAAGAAAUCAACUGUGGGAGCAAUUAUUAGGAAAUGGAAGACAUACAAGACCACUGAUAAUCUCCCUCGAUCUGGGGCUCCACGCAAGAUCUCACCCCGUGGGGUCAAAAUGAUCACAAGAACGGUGAGCAAAAAUCCCAGAACCACACGGGGGGACCUAGUGAAUGACCUGCAGAGAGCUGGGACCAAAGUAACAAAGCCUACCAUCAGUAACACACUACGCCGCCAGGGACUCAAAUCCUGCAGUGCCAGACGUGUCCCCCUGCUUAAGCCAGUACAUGUCCAGGCCCAUCUGAAAUUUGCUAGAGUGCAUUUGGAUGAUCCAGAAGAGGAUUGGGAGAAUGUCAUAUGGUCAGAUGAAACCAAAAUAUAACUUUUUGGUUAAAACUCAACUCGUCGUGUUUGGAGGACAAAGAAUGCUGAGUUGCAUCCAAAGAACACCAUACCUACUGUGAAGCAUGGGUGUGGAAACAUCAUGCUUUGGGGCUGUUUUUCUGCAAAGGGUCCAGGAUGACUGAUCCGUGUAAAGGAAAGAAUGAAUGGGGCCAUGUAUCGUGAGAUUUUGAGUGAAAACCUCCUUCCAUUAGCAAGGGCAUUGAAGAUGAAACGUGGCUGGGUCUUUCAGCAUGACAAUGAUCCCAAUCACACCGCCCGGGCAACGAAGGAGUGGCUUCGUAAGAAGCAUUUCAAGGUCCUGGAGUGGCCUAGCCAGUCUCCAGAUCUCAACCCCAUAGAAAAUCUUUGGAGGGAGUUGAAAGUCCGUGUUGCCCAGCGACAGCCCCAAAACAUCACUGCUCUAGAGGAGAUCUGCAUGGAGGAAUGGGCCAAAAUACCAGCAACAGUGUGUGAAAACCUUGUGAAGACUUACAGAAACCGUUUGACCUGUGUCAUUGCCAACAAAGGGUAUAUAACAAAGUAUUGAGAAACUUUUGUUAUUGACCAAAUACUUAUUUUCCACCAUAAUUUGCAAAUAAAUUCAUAAAAAAUCCUACAAUGUGAUUUUCUGGAUUUUUUUUUCUCAUUUUGUCUGUCAUAGUUGACGUGUACCUAUGAUGAAAAUUACAGGCCUCUCUCAUCUUUUUAAGUGGGAGAACUUGCACAAUUGGUGGCUGACUAAAUGCUUUUUUUCCCCACUGUAGGUAGAGAGGUAGAUAGAGAGAUAGAGAAAUGAGAGAGGUAGAUAGAGAGAUAGAGAGGUAGUUAGAGAGAUAGAGAAAUGAGAGAGGUAGAUAGAGAGAUAGAGAAAUGAGAGAGGUAGAUAGAGAGAUAGAGAGGUAGAUAGAGAGAUAGAGAAAUGAGAGAGGUAGAUAUAGAGAAAUGAGAGGUAGAUAGAGAGAUAGAGACAUGAGAGAGGUAGAUAGAGAGAUAGAGAAAUGAGAGAGGUAGAUAGAGAGAUAGAGAAAUGAGAGAGGUAGAUCAUCAUCACCAUCGUGCUCCCAUGCAUGCUCACAAAUACACAGUGUGUGGUCAUUUUUUCCCUGAGUAUUGAACAAUUUUGUAUUUUCUCUCUGUGUGUGUGUGUGUGUGUGUGUUGUUGUUGUCAGCCCUAUAGAGCGGUCCCAGUUGGAGCACCAUGCCAUCCAUAAGAUGCUGAAGGUGUUCCCGUGUCUGACAGCCCACCUCUCCAGACAGGAGUUACAGCAGAUCAGCACCAUCGCCAUCAUAGAGACCUGGGAUAGGGCACAGAUCAGUGAGUCACACGCACAUACACACCAUAUUCCUCUUGCAUUGUGAACUCAAACAUGCUCUAGCAUUCGCAGGAUAUCGUUUUGUCUUUGGAAAACUCCCUGCAUUUUCCUGAAUACUGCAUUGACACAUAAAUGCAUAAAAACACUGACUUAUUUAGAGCGCUUUCUCACACAAACACAGAGAGAGAUAAAUACUCAUACAGGUUUUUAUAAGACCUUGAUUCUGUUCUCAGAUAUUCCUUCUAGUCCAUUCCCAUGGUCUUUAAUAGGAGAUGCUUUCUAUCAGAGAGCUCACAGUCAGUGUUAUAGCUACUGUUUGUCUUAAGAAGUACUGGAGGGCUGUACAGAUGCUGAUGUUAUUGAUUGAGACAGCAGUAUUCCAGCUCUGUAGACCUCAAUCAUCCUAAAUUCACCAUCUAUUAUUCAUGCUAUUCAACAGUCAUCUGAGUACAUCACACUGUGCUUCUAGGCUGUUCUAUCCAUCACAUUUAGCUGGCGGAGGCUGGUGAGGAUAGAGAAGCACAACAAACUCUCAUCAUGCAUGCCUAAGCUGAUACAUACACACGGUUAUACAUUAUGCAUAAUGUGCAUGCACACACAAACACCCUUCACCCUCACCCCAACACACACCCCUUCACCCCAAAAAGUACAUCCCUCCCUUCACACCCCUGCCCACAGUGCAUCUGGCUGUGAAAAUACAGUUUUGAAUAGGUUGAGGCUUCUUGCCUCCCUCCUGUGAGGCCUGACUAGUUUCACAAGAGCAGUUUUAUCUGGUUCCGUUUCUUUUCAUCAUUCAUCCCUCAUACACCGUGUGUGCAUGCACCGAUUUGGGCAGAUUGAAGCACCCCUAGCUGCUCUCUGAGAUAGAACAUCUACAAGUGGUGGUGAGAUAUGCAGCAGAGCACCACAGGGAAAAAUAGAAGCUGCAUGUAUAUGAAACUCUGCGAGGCGGUUUGGCUUCUGAAAUGACUGUCAUCCAUGGAGGCAGGCAGCACUAUCAACGGAAUGCUUAGACUCAAUCCCCUCUCCUGUUAUGUUUGAUUUGGUGGUUGGAUAUUGCUUUUCUGUUAUCUUUCACAGGCGCUUGAGUCGGGAGGCUGAUACUUUUUUAGAUUUUGAUGGAGGGGAGAGAAGUACUCUACACUCUAGAGAGGGAAAUUAAUACUUUAAAUAAAUUGAUAUUGCCUUAUGUAUUAUAUACAGUGGGGAGAACAAGUAUUUGAUACACUGCCGAUUUUGCAGGUUUUCCUACUUACAAAGCAUGUAGAGGUCUGUAAUUGUUAUCAUAGGUACACUUCAACUGUGAGAGACGGAAUCUAAAACAAAAAUCCAGAAAAUCACAUUGUAUGAUUUUUAAGUAAAUAAUUUGCAUUUUAUUGCAUGACAUAAGUAUUUGAUCACCUACCAACCAGUAAGAAUUCCGGCUCUCACAGACCUGUUAGUUUUUCUUUAAGAAGCCCUCCUGUUCUCCACUCAUUACCUGUAUUAACUGCACCUGUUUGAACUCGUUACCUGUAUAAAAGACACCUGUCCACACACUCAAUCAAACAGACUCCAACCUCUCCACAAUGGCCAAGACCAGAGAGCUGUGUAAGGACAUCAGGGAAGAAAUUGUAGACCUGCACAAGGCUGGGAUGGGCUACAGGACAAUAGGCAAGCAGCUUGGUGAGAAGGCAACAACUGUUGGCGCAAUUAUUAGAAAAUGGAAGUAGUUCAAGAUGACUGUCAAUCACCCUCGGUCUGGGGCUCCAUGCAAGAUCUCACCUCGUGGGGCAUCAAUGAUCAUGAGGAAGGUGAGCGAUCAGCCCAGAACUACACGGCAGGACCUGGUCAAUGACCUGAAGAGAGCUGGGACCACAGUCUCAAAGAAAACCAUUAGUAACACACUACGCCGUCAUGGAUUAAAAUCCUGCAGCGCACGCAAGGUCCUCCUGCUCAAGCCAGCGCAUGUCCAGGCCCAUCUGAAGUUUGCCAAUGACCAUCUGGAUGAUCCAGAGGAGGAAUGGGAGAAGGUCAUGUGGUCUGAUGAGACAAAAAUAGAGCUUUUUGGUCUAAACUCCACUCGCCGUGUUUGGAGGAAGAAGAAGGAUGAGUACAACCCCAAGAACACCAUCCCAACCGUGAAGCAUGGAGGUGGAAACAUCAUUCUUUGGGGAUGCUUUUCUGCAAAGGGGACAGGACGACUGCACCGUAUUGAGGGGAGGAUGGAUGGAGCAAUGUAUCGCGAGAUCUUGGCCAACAACCUCCUUCCCUCAGUAAGAGCAUUGAAGAUGGGUCGUGGCUGGGUCUUCCAGCAUGACAACGACCCGAAACACAUAGCCAGGGCAACUAAGGAGUGGCUCCGUAAGAAGCAUCUCAAGGUCCUGGAGUGGCCUAGCCAGUCUCCAGACCUGAACCCAAUAGAAAAUCUUUGGAGGGAGCUGAAAAUCCGUAUUGCCCAGCGACAGCCCCGAAACCUGAAGGAUCUGGAGAAGGUCUGUAUGGAGGAGUGGGCCAAAAUCCCUGCUGCAGUGUGUGCAAACCUGGUCAAGACCUACAGGAAACGUAUGAUCUCUGUAAUUGCAAAUAAAGGUUUCUGUACCAAAUAUUAAGUUCUGCUUUUCUGAUGUAUCAAAUACUUAUGUCAUGCAAUAAAAUGCUAAUUAUUUACUUAAAAAUCAUACAAUGUGAUUUUCUCUCACAGUUGAAGUGUACCUAUGAUACAAAUUACAGACCUCUACAUGCUUUGUAAGUAGGAAAACCUGCAAAAUCGGCAGUGUAUCAAAUUCUUCUUCUCCCCACUGUAUACAGUCUCCCCAUACAUUUUAUUUGUAUGUAUUUAUAUAUUUGAAUAGAUUUAUGCAAUCAUUUUAUAUUACAUUAAAUCUUGUGCAAUCUUGGAAAAUAUAUGUUUUGCCUGAAUGAAUAUUUGAGAGAAGCGAUUAAUAUCUAGUUAUAUCAGAUUAUGUCGACAUAACCAACAUAACACAAAACAAAUCCAGACAAUUUAUAUCACUCUGGCUCAUUAGUUUUGUAUGAAUAGAGGUGUCUACAUACAAUAAAGCACCAACCCUUGAAACCAGACAUCUACCAAUAUAUUCACAGGAUAAUGAGUGGCAAUUUGUACAAGUUGAUAAAACAGCAGAGAUCAUUUUCCUUGUCAGACCCCAUAAUCACCCACACAUUGUCAAAUGUGGAAGCAAAACUAUCUAAUGAAAAUCUAAGCUCAUACUUUGACAGAGACUUAGCUAGCUAUACUCCUUGGUUAAAUAUCAGCUGUUUUUGAUUCAGAGCAUCUGAUCGAUUUGUCUAGACCAGAUUGUCGAUCUUGGAUACUUUCUGCAAUUUGAAAGGUAUUGCUUUUUUUAUUUAUGAAACGGGAAAGAUGAUGGCAAAGGGAAUGUUUAAUGUCUGAGACGUGUGAUGUGAUAGGCUAUUUGAAACGUUCUGAAAAGACGAGACCGGUGCAUUUGGGAUAAUUGUUUUGUCUACUAUGGUGUACUUGUCUAAAGUAGUGCAGAAUAGGGUGCCAUUUGGGACGCAGGCAGAGUCUGUGAUGUUCUGGGAUGUUCCUCUAUGUGAUGGACAGAUAGAGGCGUUUCUUUACUUUUUUGUUUUUAUUUCACUUCAAUAGCACUUUAACAUCCCUUCCCUCCUGCAGUAUUUGGACACAAUGGAUUCUACCUCAUCCUGAAAGGUUCAGUAACUCCAUACACUCAAGAAACAUCCAAGGAGGCUGUCGAUCCAAAGGGUUCAGUGGUAAGCAACGACACCAUGGCAUUGCCACAAUGUUACUCCAGAGUGUUAAAGAUGGAAUCUGCAGUCGGGGGAAACAGCGCAAAACGCCGCCCCACCACCAUUGUUAUUGUUUUUAUUGCCGAGCUGUCGCACAGCAUGGUAAAACGUCGCACAGCAUGGUAAAAGCGGAAAAAACAGUGUUCAUUGUUUGCUGUAACUUCUCUGUUGUAAUAUCGCAAUCGAAUGUAGCUGUUUCACCAUUAAGGAUUCCAGCUUUAAGGUCUUUUCCCAGUUUUGGUUGGUUGAUUGAUUGAUUGCGUGUUUCACCAGAUAGGUGUGGGUUGCAGCUUUGGAUCAUUUGAACCCCCUGCAGUUACUGAGGCAGGCAUCACCAUCCAGUGUACGUUAACACAGGAACCCUGCGAGAUCCUCAAAAUCUCCCACUCAGGCUACGCCAAGCUGAAGAAGGUGAAGGAUCUACAUUUACUAUCCAAAACGAAUAUGCUACACACCUGAUUUAAAUGCAUACCAGCAUAUGUGACUGUAUUAAUCAACCACAAAUACAAGUUACUUAUACUCCCACAUUUUCAAUUUCUUUAGACAAGUCCUCAAUGUCUUCAACUUUAUUUGUACACUAAGACGUGUCCUUUCCCGCUGUCUUGAAUCUGUAUUGUGCUGUAUGUCUCUUGUUGUAGGAGAUCCUGGCCCAGAACUAUGCUCUGAAGGAAUCUCUGAUCCAGGGUUGUCACUUCUACUUGCAGUGGCCCAAGCUCUCCAUCGAUAGGCUGGCCAACCUCAUCCAGAUGAAGAACUUACCAGCUAAUCACGGUACAGUUCAGUAAUAAUCUCCCCUCAGUCAGCCAAUCACGAUAAACCCAUCUCUCAGUCAGCCAAUCACGAUACAGUAAUACCCUCAGUGAGCCAAUCACGGUAAUACCUGCCUCGCAGUCAGCCGAUCAUGGUAGUACAUGGUAAUUCCAUAGUGCAUGGGAGUUAGGCUAUAUGUUCCUGUAAUGAAUAAUAUAUGUUCUAUUUUCCGCACAUUCAUCCCUAUAUGAGUUAAAUUAAAUCCCUUUGUUGGUUUUUAUCUGGGAAAAUAUGAUACAUCAUGUAUGUAAUAUGUCUUUGUAAUGUGUGCCAGUUUUUUUAUGACAUCUUUAUUUGUCAGUAAUUAGGUACAGACACUGUAUGCUUCAUUGAAAACAAGAUAGACUUAGACCUAGACGCAGAUGGUUGCAUUUGAAACAGAGGUUGCUACAGUAUACCACAAGAUCUUAACAGCUUCAAUACACUAUCAAAGGGACAUGAGCGGCUUGUGGAUUAAGUUCCCCGCCCUAGUUUGUGCCGUCUGCCAAGCAAACAAACACAAACAAGGCAACAGUAAACAUGUCGUACCCCACGAAUGAUGCAGUGCCUCUCUUGGGCAAAUCAGUGUAAUUAGUGUAAAUGACGGCUCUCUAUGGCAAGACGGAUCAUUCACCCAAGUUUUGGCAAAAUCGGGCCAGUGGUGUCUUAGAUUUCAUGUGGGACUAACGUACCUACAGUUGAUUACUAUAGCACCCCCUUGGGCCAAUCAAUGUAAUUUUGUAAAUGCCGGAUCACUCACCAAUUUCAUCACUCUGAGUCAAACAGAUCAAGAGAUAUAAACAUGUGCCCGUUAUAGCGCCACCGGGUGGUCGAUAUGAAUGUUCUUGCAUAUGUUUAGUGAUAUCCUUGACUCAUUUAUAUUCAUUUAUGUGCCAGUGCACGCCAACUUGAAUGUUUAUUCGUCAAUCGUUGUUUUAAGUAGUAGUCUGGAAAACAUUGCGUUGAGAGACCUUUGUCCAUAGAUGUCACAUAUCAAGUUUCGUGCAGAUUGGUCAUUCGAUGCCAGAAGAGUAGCGUUUAAAUUUUUCUUCACAAAAUUAUAAAUGGCAAAAAGUCCAUCAUGGCGGACCUUAUGGGUCCCUGAGGAAAUGUAUUCUUUGUGAGGAGAGGGACCUAUGUACCAAAUUUCAUGACUUUAGGUUAAACGGGGUGAGGGGCGCACCUUUUAAAGUUUGCAUUUUCAAUCUCUUGUUAUAGCGCCACCAUCUGGCCAAUCAGUGUAAUUAUUGUAAAUGCCAGAUCUCUAUGGCAAGACGCAUCAUUCAAUCGCGUGUGACUAACGUACUAACGGACAGAGACAGAUGCACAGUCCCCUCCCCAAUAUAAUUUGGGUCAACAAAUUAGAUCCAUCCUCUACUUCUGCCUUUCCACAGCACUCUCACUCUCUUUCUCUUCCCUUUCUCUCUAGCCUCUCUCUCUAUCUAUCCCUAUUCCAUCUUUAGAUGUAGUCGAGGCGACAGGAGAGCAUAUGGUGAACGUUGAAUGGAGACGUUACGCAGUGCAGCUAAAGGCGUCGUACCAAAUGCUUUAUAUCAAACACUUAACUCAGAACCUUGUCUUUUCAACUCAGAACCUUGUCUUUUCAACUCAGAACCUUGUCUUUUCCACUACUUGUAUAGCAUGUCAUCAUCACUGAUCCCCUCCCUCUUCUCUCACCUUUCUUCUUGUCUUUUAACGGUGGAGGGAGAAGGAGAAGGGGGGCCUGGGCCUCCAUACACCUCCAAAAUGAGACUAUACUCUCUCUAUCCCCAUUUUCCUCUUCAUCCCCUUCCUCUGAAUGCAAUGAUACAUUCCCUUUAUCAGACGGAGAGUGAAAGAAAAAAAUGGUGGGUGGGUGUGUGCGUGCGUGCGAGCAUGUGUGUGCAUCUGCUAGUGAUUGGAUAUGUUGGUUGGAGGGUAAGGGUGGGGUAUAGGAUAGUAUCAUACUGUCAAACAAUAGGAUCUCAUCGCAGGCUGGAAUAAGCAGAGCGAGUGGUGUAUGCUCUGUGUGCCGCUUGUUGAUUGCUGUAGGGCCGAUCUCUAGCUCUAUUUACCCAGAGGGAAGCUGAGGCUAGCCAGCCGUCUGGAUCUGGCUGGAUCUCAGUUUAUGUAUCCUUGAUAGAUGAAAGGUCUGCCUGGAGGGCAGGACUCCUGUCCUCAGGUCUGUACAGAUGAAUGGCUUGUUUACCUGCUGCUGACUAUGAUCAGAGGCCUAGUCUGCCUCCCAAAUUGCACCUUAUUCCCUAUUUAGUGCACUACUACCCAUAGGGCUUUGGUCAAAGGUAGUGCACUAUAUAGGGAAUAGGGUGCCAUUUGUAAUUCAGCCCUAUAACACAAUAUCCCUAUGUGUCCUCUAGUUUGGCCUCUGACAUAUGGAGAGGAUACCUUAACCAUCUGGCUUACCUGCCUGCCAUGUUAACCUAUACGGACGCCUAAGCCUGUCUCUCGAUCCCCAACAGGCUACUUGAUCACCUUGAUUGACUCCAUUUAGAUGCUUCUGUGGCUUUGAGAGGGAUAGUGUUUCAUGUGGACAGCUGGACUGGCUGGAGCGUGAAGGGCGUGAGAGCAGAAUGAAGCCACCAUAGAGAUAUUCAACUACUGUCUGAACAGACAAGAACUCUGGAGGUUAGGCCUGGUCAUGACAUUUGGGGCCAUCUCAAUUUGGGGCACCUCUGUUAAAGUAAUAGCCAUUUUAACAUUUUGAUGCAUCCUAAAUCUCUCUAUGACCCCUUCCCUCACAUCUGUUAUGUCAGCUCCUAUAUACGGUACUGUAGGUGACAUUUACAAGUCAGUGGAGAAAGACCGUGUUACAGAAGGCUAUGACCUCACCACUGCAGGGGGACUCUUCUUCUCAGAGGGAUGUGUGUCUAACUCUGGUGUUAACACUUCAUGUCACCACAGGCACAACUGUCCUACAGUAGCUGCUUCAAGUGUCCACACACUGAUCCAUUGUCUCUAUGAGAUGACCUAAGUCACAGGCUGACUUGCCGACUGGCUGGCUGGUUGCUUUAACGUCGCCAACAGCUGUCCUGGCUGGCUCUGGUCCAUCCAGUACCCUUUUUACACUAUCAUGCUUUUCACAUUGUCCUUUCCAACAUGGUUCAAGCAACUAUGGAACUGUAGUUGCGCAACCAAGCCAGGUUCGGCUUGGCUCGGUAGUGUAAAAAGGGUACAUUCAUUUCCGUUCUGGCUCCAACACAACAGACAAAGCAGUCUGGUUGGAGACCAAGGCGUUUUCCCACGCAAGGCCUUUUCAGAAAGUCAGACAGACAAGACUGUCGGUAUGGGAAUACUGUGUCCCCAUCCCAGACAGUCAUGCUUGUCCAAGAGCUCUCCUCUGGAAUGUAGUCCACUAACGCAAGCACGCGCGUACAAACACACACACUGCACAUAGUCUGGGAGAUUGUUUUACAUUGAUUGUUCACGGGGAUCAAACAACCAGCCGGUAUCUUAAUCCAAGCAAGAGAUGGAUUACAUUACACUGUGUGACUGUGUGUGUAAAGUGGCUGAUGGAUAUUUUCAUGAUGGUGCAUGGCAUGAAUGAAACAUGUUUUCAGGGUAUUGUAAAGAGUUGAGUGAUUCGCCAUGCCUUUAGCUUAGUCUUACAUACUCGCAUACGUCUUGAGCGAGGAAUCCUGUUACACUUAAUUGAAUAUGACCGCUCUGCUUUAUGAUGUACGUUCAAUGCCUCCGAGGCCUACAGGUAGAAUAGCGGUUGAUCACAAGCAGAUAAGUAUACUUUUCCACUUCCCGGAAUCUGGUUAAGCCAAGACAAUUUUGGCGUAUGCUGGUAAUAGAAAAUAAAAUGGUUAAUUUAGAAAGUAUCCCUUUCCUUCCGUUGUGGGCAUUUCCUCCUUCAAUAAUUCUCAGCUGUCAUCUUCGUGCCCUUCUCACCCCUCUUCGCCCACCUCACCCUCCUCCACUUCUCCAAACUGUGGCAAGGCUCUACUAUCCAUCAUUGGCUGAUUAUUGUUUCAGAGAGCUCAUUACAGUAGACGAGGGCCAAAAAACAGACUAAUAACUAACUAUUAGGGCCCUAUUAGAGUGGCUAAUUCAACCCCUAUUUGGGUUUCCUCCCUCCGUCCCUAUAGACAAUGAAUGAGGUCUACCACAGUGUUUGGAUAAAACUCCCUCCCGAAUCUUUGUCUGUCUGACGCAUGAAUGCACAUGCACACACAGAGGAGAGGAGAGAGGGUUUGGCUGUCCCCCAUCACACCAGUAAAAAAUCUGCCAUUAACUACACAUUCGUUGUGUGACAAUCAAAAGUCUGUCAGGCACCAAUUUAAACGUUAAAGGGAGAGGACAGGCAGGCUAGAGAAGAUACAGCUUGUCAGUCAAGAGGUACUAUCAGCAACAGGAAAGGUUAUGGACUGCACGCUUGUUGUUUUAAUUUCACGGUAGAUGCUGUAUGCUUGGAGAUAUAGUAAGCACAGCCAAUGCACUCUGCUGUAUGGGAAAAUCAUACCAAAGACGACCUCACACUAACCCUGCCAUCUAGCAGUUUAUCCUAAACACCCUGCACAUUGCCUAUCUUUCAAUACAGACAUGGUCACUAAAGUAACCUGAUCGCCAGGGCAAAACAGCCUUCUCACUAAUGUCUGAUGGCAUUUUGAGUGAACCUUGGCCCCAGCCUGUUCUGGAGAGAAGAUUGACUAUGACUGUGUUAGAAAUUACACCUUGUUCCCUAUAAAGUGCACUACUUUUGACCAGAGCCCUAUGCGUCUUGGUCAAAAGUAGUGCACUAGGGUAUAGUGUGAUAUUUGGAACACAGACUAUGACAGAGAGUUGGAGCAGACAGACACAGUCCAGGGGAUCCUACAGGGUAAUUUCCCAGGUGAGGCCCUGUUAACUGUUUGAUUAUUCUGGGGCCUGAGUGAGUGAGAAAGGUCAAAGGGAAUCUUGAGGUUCUGAGGUCUUGAAUAAAAGCUGCCAAGCGUUUCAUUCGAAUAGGCCGGAAUGAAAUUAGGCCCGAGAAUGACACACACACACACACACACACACACACACACAGACACACACACACACACACACACACACACACACACACACAGCAUCAAUGCAUGACUCCCCUGGUGCUCCCCCAGUGAUAUCUACCGCUGUACAUGAGGCUGGGCCCUCCCGUCCUGUCAGCACACAUAACAAAUGGUCCCUGUUUGUCCAACUUUCCCCUACAUAGAGAUAGGGUUUAAAAACACCUGUCAGCACUGAUAUACAGUGUUUCUCUUAGCCGUUAAAGGCUAGAGGGCCGUAAAUCAAUAGAAUGCUCACCUCCCAAUGCACACAACCCAAAGAUUUGUCACAUGAAGAAAUAAUCCUCCAGUCCAGACUUUGGGGCUUCUUGCUAAAACAGAGAUGACUUCUUCAGUCAUUUACAGUGUAGCCUACUUUUUUUUCACACUACUUUUGGUAGAUUUUCUCGGUUGUGAUGCAUUUGUCAAAGAAGUGGUGGAUUGGGUGUUGCUGUGGGGGUUAGUAGGAUGUUGUGUGUGUGUGUUAGUGUGUGCAGUAACCCCAAGAGUGUUCGAGGCGAUGAAUAGACACAUAGAGUACAGCUUCGGGUAAGGUUAAGGGGGAGGUGUGUGUCUCUUUGUUAACUACAGCUUGUGCGCGAUCUCUAAUGUUAAGGUUAAGUCUCAAGGGUUUGCUCUUCUGAGUUAGAAUACCUCAUGAUAAGCUGCAGACCAUACGAAGAUAUCUAUUUACUUGAGCGUGCUAAGACCGCACUCAACGAGCUGUAUAGGGCCAUAAGCAAAAAAUAAAAUGUACAUCCAGAGGUGACGCUCCUAGUGGCCGGUGAUUUUAAUGCAAACUUAAAUCCGUCUUACCUCAUUUUUACCAGCAUGUCACCUGUGCAACUAUAGGCGACACAACUGUAGAGCACCUUUACUCCACACACAGAGACACAUACAAAGCUCUCCCUCGCCCUCCAUUUGGCAAAUCUGACCAUAACUCUAUCCUCCUGAUUACUGCUUACAAGCAAAAACUCAAACAGGAAGUACCAGUGACGCGCUCAAUACAGAAGUGGUCCGAUGAAGCGGAUGCUAAGCUACAGGACCGUUUCGCUAGCACAGACUGGAAUGUGUUCCGGGAUUCAUCCGAUAACAUUGAAGAGUUUACCACAUUAGUCACCGGCUUCAUUAAUAAGUGCAUCGAUGGUGUCGUCCCCACAGUUACUGUACGUACAUAUCCCAACCAGAAGCCAUGGAUUACAGGCAACAUCCGCACUGAGCUAAAGGCUAGAGCUUCCGCUUUCAAGGAGCGGGUCACUAAUCCGAACACUUAUAAGAAAUCCCGCUACGACCUCCGACGAGCCGUCAAACAGUCAAUACAGAACUAAGAUCGAAUCCUAUUACGCUGGCUCUGACGCUCGUCGGAUGUGGCAGGGCUUGCAAACAAUCAUUGAUUACAAAGAGAAACCCAGCCGCGAGCUGUCCAGUGACACGAGCCUACCAGACGGGCUAAAUGCCUUCUAUUCUCGCUUUGAGGCAAGCAACACUGAGCCAUGCAUGAGAGCACCAGCUGUUCUGGACGACUGUGAGAUCUCGCUCUCCGUAGCCGAUGUGAUUAAGACCUUUAAACAGGUAAACAUUCACAAGGCCGCAGGGCAAGACAGAUAACCAGGAUGCGUACUCUGAGCAUGCACUGACCAGCUAGCAAGUGUCUUCACUGACACUUUCAACCUCUCCCUGACUCAGUCUGUAAUACCUACAUGUUUCAAGCAUACUGCAAUAGUCCUUGUGCCCAAGAAUGCGAAGGUAAUCUGUCUAAAUGUUUAUUUAUUUAUUUUACCCUUAUUUUACCAGGUAAGUUGACUAAGAACACAUUCUCAUUUACAGCAGCAACCUGGGGAAUAGUUGGAGAUAUAAUAUAAUGGAGAGGAGGGAUGAAUAUCUCCCCGUAGCACUGCUUUGAAAGGCUGGUCAUGGCUUACAUCAACAACAUCAUCCCAGACACCCUGGACCCACUCCAAUUUCCUGACGGGCCGCCCCCAGGUAAUGAGGGUAGGCAACAACACAUCCACCACACUUACCCGCAACACGGGGGCCCCUCGGGGGUGCGUGCUUAGUCCCCUCCUGUACUCCCUGUUCACCCAAGACUGCAUGGCCGCACACGACUCCAACAGAUUCAUUUAAGUUUGCUGACGAGGUCAGUGACACUGCCAGGAAAACAACCUCUCCCUCAACGUCAGCAAGACAAAAGAGUUGAUCGUGGACUACAAGAAAUGGAGGGCCGAGCACGCCCCCAUCCACAUCGACGGGGCUGUAGUGGAGAGGGUCGAGAGCUUAAAAUUCCUCGGGUCCCCAUCACUAAGGAAUUAUCAUGGUUCACACACACCAACACAGUCGUGAAAAGGUACGACAAUGCCUCUUCUCCCUCAGGAGGCUGAAAAGAUUCGACAUGGGCCCUCAAAAAGUUCUACAGCUGCACCAUUGAGAGCAUCUUGACCGGCUGUAUCACCUCUUGGUAUGGCAACUGCUUGGCAUCUGACUGCAAGGCGCUACAGAGGAUAGUGCGUACGGCCCAGUAUGUCAUAGACUGUUCUCUCUGCUACCAAUUGCCGUGCGGUAGCAGAGAGAACAGUCUAUGAUGGGUGGCAGGACUCUGAACAGCUUCUACUCCCAAGCCAUAAUAAUGCUAAAUAGUUUGUUAAAUAGUUAACCAAAUAGCUACCCGGACUAUCUGCAUUGACCCUUUUUGCGCUAACUAUUUUGACUCCUCACAUACGCUAUUUAUCCACCUUAAUUACCUUAUACCACUGCACAUCAACUUGGUACUUACCCCGUAUAUAUAGCCAAGUUAUCGUUACUCAGUGUGUAUUUAUUCCUCAUGUUAUAAUUUUUCUAUAAUUUAUAAAUUUUUCUCUCUGCAUUGCUGGGAUGGGCGGUAUGUAACAUUUCACCGUUAGUCUACACCAGUUGUUUACAAAUAAUGUGACGAAUAACAUUUUGAUUUGAGUACAGAACAUACUUACAAAGUCUCUGUUACACACACCUACCCAUACUUCUCACUUACUGUAUGCUGGUUCAUCCAGCCUCCUCUCUUUCUCAUCUUUCCUUCUCUCUUUCCUCCUUUCUUUCCUCUUCUCUUUCCUUCUCUCUUUCUCCUCUCUUUCCUUCUCUCUUUCCUCCUCUCUUUCCUCCUCUCUUUCCUUCUCUCUUUCCUUCACUCUUCUUUCUGUAGUGCUGGUGAAGGAAGGUAAGGUGUGUCACUUUGUGGCCUACAUCCGAGAGGGGGAGUGUAACAUCCUCCAGGACAUUAACUCACUGAUGAGGACCCCGCAGGAGAAGGUGUCAGUCUGUACACACACACACACACACACACAUACACACAAACACACACACACACACGCACACACACCACACUGUAACAGUAGGCCUUCCUCCAGGCUGCUGCAUGUUCCCUGUUAGAUUAAAAACCACUUCAUCUAAAUCAAGGAGUGAGGGAGCAGGACUUGAUUUGAAUAUUAAUUACAUGGUUAAGACUGAUUACCAUAAUUGUAUUACAUUUUAUACUGGGAAAUAGGAAUAUCAAUUCCAGGAACAUGUCAUUUGUAAUAAUGAUUGGGCCUUGGCUAUUUUUCCCCCAUUGGUUGUUGGUUUCCAGGGCAGCAGGAUAAAGUUUGUUGUCGUGGGGAAGCUCGGACCAAUGGAAUCGUUCGGUGAGGUGAGCAUCCUGCUUGACCAGCCCUCCCCCUGCAGCAUCGUCACGGCGACAGAGGUGCAAGUAGGGAUCAUCCAACCAGAUGCUCUGAAAGGUUAGUCACAUGAUCUUCUAUCAUAUCUGGUAGCCUAUACAAUCUCCUAAACUGUUGGAUGUUUGAAAGGAAAUAAAAACUGAGUUGAUUACUGUGCGUUAAUGUGAGUUAUGUUCAUAUUUUGCUUAGGACUUGAUUCGGUGACAUCGGCACUGAUGUUACAAACAGCACAGCCGACUUACGGGAAGUUGAGUCAGGUACUGCACAGUCAUUUUGUCCAACAUAUUAACCUUACAGUAUUCACCCUUUCCCUUUACCCUGAUACUAUUGUGUUAUAGAACAACUGGAAAAGCACUGGUUCAAACAGUGAAUAAUAUUCUAUUGUAUUCAUCUAGAAUACUGUUGACCAAUUGGUUCUGUAUGACGUGUCCCUGUCUUAUUCCAGGAAGAGAUUAACAAGGAGUACAUCAGACAAGAGCGGCACAAGGAGUGGGACCACAUAAAGGUGUAGUGUAUAGUAUAGUACGUCAGUAAAUAAUAUUGUUACAGUACUUUCUUUCCCUUUCUCACUAAUGUGCCUUUUCACUCUACUGAGCCUUUUCAAAUUACAGAGCUGUACAACUUCACUGGCCUGAUUAUGCAUCCACCAUAGUUUCUGGAACCGUGCUGUGAAGGACAAUGUGAAUGGAAAAUAACAAGCCAGCACAGUACGGUUCGGCUCAGUAGUGUGAAAAGGGUCUCUCUCUGUUUUAUGCUCUUAUGGAAUACCCAGCACAGUACGGUUCGGCUCAGUAGUGUCAAAAGGGUCUCUCUCUGUUUUAGGCUCUUAUGGAAUACCCCGCACAGUAAAGUUAUAAUCCCUGUGCCUUGUCCAAACACAGAACACAAACACAACGUUUCUUCUGAGAAUCAGCAACCAUGCAGCCAGCCCUAACUAAUUCCCAGGCCUGAGUCCCAAUGUCUGCCUUUGUUCUCAAUCAACAGUGUGUGUGUGUGUGUGUGUGUGUGUAUAUUUGCGCAUGUUCGCUUGUGUGUGCGGGUAUGCGUGCAUUGUGUGUGCCAGUUUCCCAUAGACGAUUACACCACUGUGUAGCUCUGCUCUGUUAUUGCCAUGGCAAAAUCCCUACUUGGAAGGAAAUUCAUUAUGGACGCUGGCUAACUGGCUAACCGGUCCAGUGCAAUCCUCUCUGAGGUACCUUUCUGCAGCUACAGCUUGUGUAUCUCCCACGUAAUAAAGACAGACGGACAGGCCGGCCGGCCGACCUCCCUUUCUCUGGCUGCUUGUUUCACAGGAAUAUAACCUUUCAGACCCUUCCCAUGUAGCUCUGGGCUUGUAGGCCAAUAGAAUGGGUCACUUUGUGCGUUUUGUCAGAAACACUAUACAGUUUAUCUGUCAGGAGGCUAAAGUGAUCAUCAGGCCCAGCUGUCUACCUCUGUCAUGGGUUGGUUUAGUGUGUGUGGUCUGGGUCUGGGUCUCACUGCCAAGCUUUCUCGGCUGAACGAACAGGAGCCUGGGAGCCCCGGCCUGUUGGGGUGUGGUAGGAACCGACAUGCAGUGUCCUGCAGCCAAUGAGAGAGGAGGAUCUUGACUGAUGAAAGGCUCACAAAGCAAAUCGUUACCGUAACAAUCAGCUGUCAUGAACAUUGUUCUGAUAGUGACAUAGAGCUCAGUGGGAGCAGGGUGUUGAGUGUUGUCAUCCUAGAUAACACAUAAAGGCUAAAACAGACAAGUGUAGCUAGUUGUGUCAAACAGCAAGUUGUUGUACAAUACAUGGUCAGCUGUUCUGCACUGGUAUGAAUCGGCCUGUUGUUCUACAGUGAGGCCUUCGAUACUGUAGCACCACUGUAGCUUCUCGCUUAUAUGCAGCCUUUUCCUGAUCCCAGAUCUGUUUGUGCUGUAUUUCCAAUGUCCAUGGAAGUUAUCUAUACAACACCAUCAGGUUAAUGCAGCCCCUCUCUCUGCAUGGAGCCAGAUCCAUCUCCUUCUCAUGUUAAAUGCCUUUUGAACCUUCCUGUGGUUCAUGCCAUUUAACCUUUAAAAUACAUUUAAAGCUCUAGUGUCAGUGAUUGCUUGUAUUUUAUACUUGUUUAUCAUAAUUACACAGUCAAAUGGACACUGAAUAAACCAAAACAGAAUUGAAGGAUAUGUGUCUAUUGAAAGCUUUUCGUUCUUGCUACAUCUGAUGGCAUUUUCUCUCUACCAUUGCUGAAUGGUGUUAGAUCAUUUACGAUCAGUAGCAGGAGCACAGAGCUGGAAAAACAACUGUUUACAUGUCUAGCCGCUCUUUGAUGGAUACAGGCAGUUAUUAUGGCUGUUUGAUUGCGGUGACACGUCAGGCUUUAUUUUUCAGCUCCAGAAUUAGGACAGAUUUGUUUGUUUGUUUGUGAUCUCAUAUGGAGAACCCAGAGUGACUGAUAAAUAGCACUGUGAUUGUUCACGUUUCUGACGCAACAACCCUUUUUUGGCCAAAUAUCGGAACUCUUUUAUCCUUUUAAAUAGAUUUAGGAGUUAGGAGUUUCCAAGGUAUUGGGACAAGGGUGAAUCACCUAUAAAUGAUGUGUAAUUCAUAUGUUAUGCUCAGUAAUCUAGGCUGAGUGUGUGUAAUUUUGGGAGGUGGAGUUGAAGUCAGGCGGUGGGUUAUAAACAUGGGUUGGAGAAGAGGUUCUGUGUCUUGCUGGUUUAUUUAGACUCAGGUCACUGGUACUAUAGACAUCUGCAUGAAUGUGGGUGUGGUGAGAAAGGAAACACAAACAGACACAGUGACUCUUACUCCUUACUUAUGUAACCUUGUCUGAGACCUAAAGACUUGAAUUAGCUCCCCGAGUCAGAAACAGACAGCACCUGAAACACACUGUACUCCUAGGUAACAGAGGUAGUUCAGUGAACAAUGCUCACUUGAUGAGUAACCUUGCUUGAGACCUGAAGACUUCCAUUAGCUCCCUGAGCUAAUGCCCAGUUUUUAGCUCAGAUCGCUAAACAGUCUUAUGGGACACUACCAUGAUUGCAAGUGUCAUGCCCUUGAGAAUAUGGACGAAUCAUUCCAAAAAUUAAUUACUUAGAAAUUUCACCAGACAACGACAAAAUGUUAAUCAGCUUUUCCUUUCAGAAUGUGCCAAUUACAUUUUAUUAUUAAAGGUUUUGAGUCCCUCAAAAUAUUACUCAAUCCACACAAAAUAAAGAAAUCCUAACAAAUACAUGAUGAUAUAGUGGGAAAGCGUGUGUGCGUGUCGAGCGGGGGAAAAGGCGUCAGAAAGACUAAAUUAAUCAACAGACAGAAUGCAUUCACUUUAAUCAUUGCAAACUUUAAACGUGAUGGCCCUUUGGACAUUUGUGUUCAUGAACAAAAUUGCUAUUGAUCUGUGAUUUGUCUGCUCACACAUAUCUGUUUAGACGUCUAUAUCUCACCCUCACACAAUGUAUGAUUGGUUAUCUGUUUCCUAUAAUCAGCUCCAUGUUGUGUGGGAUGCCAUAGACCAAUGUAAUAACGCUCCAUUGAUUGGUGCUUUUGAUCUUUAGCACUGGGCAUACAGUGAAAUAUACUGCCAGGGGCGUCAUGCACCUAAACAAUCUGAGGAGGUACAAAGUAUGUGAGGAUAGAUGAGGGGUGGUCCGUAUGGGCGCUAUGCCCCCCGUCCUUAAGUUGGAGAAUUUCGCAUUUUUCAAACACCUGAAAUAGCCUUUUCCUGCAAUCUACAGCCAUAAUCAUUAUGCUUAAUUUUAUGUAAAAAAUAUGUUUUUCUGCAUAUUUUUCUGCAUAUCUAAGCAUACCUCUUGAGCUGUCUGUAUCCUCCUGACUGGUGGUUAUUUCUUUAAAGAAACAAAAUAUGCUUCUCUGCUCACAUCUGGGUAAAAGAUUGAAAGGAAUGUUAGUCUUAUUUGUACAUUUAGUUAUUGCUUGCUUUUCUAAAGUCUACCAACCUUGCCAGCAGGCAUCCCAGCUAAGAUAGACAAGCUAGCUACUAUAACUUGAUUGAUAACCUGAAAUGGCUUCUUGGUAGAUAGUUAUGAGGUUGGGAGAUUGGGAACCUAUCUGGGAUAGCUAAAGCCAACUUCCUAAAAUUGCUAAGUCGUUAGUAGUAUUACAGAGGGAAAACAAAUGUGUAAUUACAAUUGUAUAAUUAUAAUAUUUAUUUUUUACAGGACAAAUCUGAGGGUGCACGUGCCCCUGAUGAGCAUGACGCCUCUGUACUGCUAUACAGUGUGAAAUACUGUAUUGCUCAUCAUAAGUGUGUAUUUUAAUGUCAUGUUUUGUCUCUUAUUUCCUCCACAGAAGAGAGUGUUGUCUGAUGCCCUGCUCUACAACGGGAUCCAGCAGGGGAACGGGAAGUGGACCUUCAGUAGGGGAGGUGGGAGAAGAUCUGUGGACAAGAGCAACCCCAUCCAAUAA